CUGCAUCGAUUUGGUUGUCAUUUUUAAUGAUAUAUAGUGAUAUAUAACGAUUUAAAAUGCAACGACAAAAUCCGAACCCGUACCAGCAGCAGCAGGAGCAGCAACAACAGGUGCAGCAGCAAUACUCCACUCAGGAGUAUUCGCACUCCAGUCAAGAGCAGCAUCAGCAGCAACGGAUAAGCCGCACUGAACAACAUGUUCAGAGGAGUCAAAUCACCACUCAGCAACGAGUGCAACAACAUCAAGGCGGUAUUGGAGGCACCUAUGUACCACCGUCGUUGACACACGUCUAUGCCCAAGGUGACAUUUCACCGCCUGUAUUCGAGCAGAUCUUUAAGAACGCUCGCUUCGCUCAGGGUGGCAACGCCCUGUUCGAAGGUCGGCUGCGUGGCAACCCAAAGCCAUUCGUUACAUGGACCCGAAAAGGCGCACCACUUCUCGAGUCGCAAAAGUUUCGCAUGAGCUACAACGAGGCCACCGGUGACGUGUCCCUGCUGAUCAAUCAGAUCGGACCGGGCGACGAAGGCGAGUAUACGUGUACGGCUCGCAAUCAGUACGGCGAGGCGAUCUGCAGUGUGUAUAUACAACCGGAAGGCGCACCAAUGCCUGCACUGCAGCCCAUCCAAAAUUUGGAGAAGAACAUCUACUCCAAUGGUUAUUCGUAUACGUCCAUCGAGGAGGAGUUCCGUGUGGAUACGUUUGAGUAUAGACUUUUGCGUGAGGUCUCCUUCAGGGAGGCCAUAACGCGUCGCUCUGGUUAUGAGCAGGACACUCAGCUUUCGCAUGAGCUGGAUCGCUCCCAGGGUCCUGCGCAAGCACCACAAAUAUCGCAGAAACCCCGAAGCUCCAAACUCAUCGAGGGCUCCGAUGCCGUUUUUACCGCACGUGUCGGCUCCAACCCGAAACCACGUCUCACCUGGUUCCACAAUGGACAACGUUUGGUUGCCUCGCAAAAGUAUGAGAUCUCUUAUUCGAGUGGCGUUGCCACACUCCGUGUGAAGAACGCCAAUGCCAAGGAUGGCGGUCACUAUACCCUAUUGGCCGAGAAUCUCCAGGGCUGCGUCGUCUCCUCGGCUGUGUUGGCCGUCGAGCCGGCCGCUGAGACUGCAUACGAGCCCAAGCCCGUGGAUCAGAUGGCUGAGCAGCUAGAGGCUGGUAAGGCAUUGCCUCCCGUUUUUGUCAAGGGCUUUGCUGAUCGCGAGGUGACCGAGGGUCGCAUGAGUCGCUUUGAUUGCCGUGUCACUGGCAAUCCCUAUCCGGAGGUCUUCUGGUUCAUCAAUGGCCGUCAAGUGCGCGACGAUGCCUCGCACAAGAUUCUUGUAAAUGAGUCCGGCAGCCAUUCGCUGAUGAUCACGAAUGUAAGCCGUUUGGAUAGCGGCGCAGUCCAAUGUUUGGCCCGCAACAAGGCCGGUGAGGUGGCCAUCGAGGCGCAGUUGCAUGUGCUGGAGAAGGAGCAAGUUGUCGCACCACAAUUUGUUCAACGCUUCAGCACGAUGACUGUGCGCGAGGGUGAACCAAUCACGAUGAGUGCCAAUGCCAUUGGCACACCAGUGCCUCGCAUCACCUGGCAGAAGGAUGGUGUGCAAAUCUCAUCAACUGCUGAACGAUUUGUGGGCAUCGAUGGCGGCGCCACCUGCCUGGAAAUACCGAACGUGAAGGCUGCCGAUGCUGGCUGGUAUCAGUGUACCGCACAAAAUAUUGCCGGUUCCACGGCGAACCGUGCAAGACUCUAUGUCGAAGUUCCCAGAGAUCAACCAAGUCAAGAACAGAGGCGUCUUAAUCUACCAAGACCAACGAAAGUUAUCGAGCCUGAGCCAAGUCCUGGUCCUGAAAUCAUCUAUUUGCGUCAUGUGGAACGCGCCAAGCCGCAUCUGCGACCGGGCGAGGAGGAUCGUGUUUAUCCGCCACCACAGUUCAUCAUACCGCUGCAGAACGUGCAGCAAACCGAAGGUGGUCGUGUCCACAUGGAGGCGCGCAUCGAACCAGUCGGCGAUCCCAGCAUGGUCGUUGAAUGGUUCCUCAAUGGUCGUCCGCUGGCAGCCAGUGCUCGGGCUACAUCUGUCUUCAAAUUUGGCUUCAUUGCUCUGGAUCUGUUGAGCAUAAUGGGUCACGAUUCUGGAGAAUAUAUGUGCCGUGUGAGCAAUGCCAGCGGUGUCGCUGAAUCGCGCGCCAUUUUGUCGGUGGUGCAGCGUCCAUCGAUUGAGCAAUCGUCUCAGAAUCCCAACAGCUUGCAGUAUAUCAAUCAGCUGGAAGAUUACUCACGCUAUCAGCGCCAGGAAAGCUCAGAGGAGUUGAUGAAUCAAGCUCCGCAAUUUAUACGUCCACUGCGCGAUUUGGGUGAAUUCGAGGAGGGUAAGAAUGUGCACUUUGAGGCACAAGUGACACCCGUGAAUGAUCCCAGCAUGCGUGUGGAAUGGUACAAGGAUGGUCUACCAAUCACUGCCAGUUCGCGUAUCACGGCCAUUUUCAACUUCGGCUAUGUCUCCCUAAACAUAUUGCACCUACGUGCCGAAGAUGCCGGCGAAUACACCGUCCGGGCCGUGAAUCGCAUUGGCGAGGCCAUCAGCCAGUCCACCAUACGCGUGCAUACGCGCUCCCAGGUCACCGCCGAUCUGGGCAUACCCGAGCAGCAACGUUACAUUGAAAAGGUUGAGGAAUUGGAGGACUAUCGCAAGUCCCAGCAGCGUCGCCAUGUCCAGGAAGCACCCGAGGCCAUUGCACCGCCCAAAUUCAAGACACCCAUCCAGAACCAGUUGGAUUUGCGUGAGCACGCGCAUGCGCAUUUCGAGGCGCGCCUUGAACCCAUUGGCGAUGCCACCAUGCGCGUCGAAUGGCUCAAGGAUGGUCAACCACUGGAGGCUAGCUCGCGUAUUACAACCUAUCAUAACUUUGGCUAUGUCGCACUGACUAUCAAGCAGAUAACCGUAUAUGAUGCCGGCACCUAUACUUGCCGUGCCUACAAUGCCAUGGGCCAGGAUACGACCACCGCCCAAUGUACGGUCAUAUCGAAGAACGAGAUUGUCUCAGACACUCAACAUCCGGGUGGUCUGCAAAAGAUUCAGCACCUGGAGGACUCCUCACGCUAUGGUCGUCGCGAAGAGGAAGAGACGUCCAUAACUCAAGCACCACGUUUCCUUGGCCCAAUGAAGGGUACCACCAAGAUUCUGGAGGGACAACGCGCUCACUUUGAGGCCCGUGUGGAGCCGACAAGCGAUCUGGGCAUGCGUAUUGAAUGGUAUCAUAAUGGUCGCGUUAUUACCGCCGCCAAUCGCAUCCAAACGUACUACGACUUUGGCUAUGUUGCCCUGGACAUCUCCCAGGUGCGCGCCGAGGACGCAGGUAUAUACACGGUGGUGGCUAGAAACCAGCUAGGUGAAGCUCAGUCGCAAGCAACGAUGGUAGUGGAAACUCGUUCCAGCAUCGACACAUCUAGCAUGCACCGCGGCCUCUAUGAGAAGACCCAGAAUUUGGAGAACAAACCGUUCGUGGAGCCUCAGUACAACAUCGAGGAGAUCUCCAAGUCGAAGCCUGUCUUUGUGCAGCCCCUGGUCGAUCCCAAGCCCAUACACGAUGGCAAGAACAUUCAUCUGGAGUGCCGCCUCGAGCCUAUGGGUGAUCCAACAAUGCGCGUUGAAUGGUUCCAUAACGGUCGCCCCGUAACCGUCGGCUCUCGCUUCCGCACCUAUUACGAUUUUGGUUUUGUCGCCCUAGACAUCAUUCAGGCGACGGCAGCCGACUCCGGCGAGUAUACCGUGCGCGCUACCAAUCAUCUAGGCACAGCUCACACCUCCGCCUGUGUGCGUGUGAGCGAUCGCACCGAUGUGGUGACCGAAACCCAGAACGAGCAAUCGCUGGAGCAGAUUCAGCUGCUCGAGGACUCGCGUCGUCGUCAGCAUCGCGAGGAGGAUGUUACGGUUAUGCAGGCGCCCCAGUUUACGCGUGCGUUGCACAACAUCGAGACUGUGGAGGGCACCAAUGUGCAUCUCGAGUGCCGCCUGCAGCCUGUGGGUGAUCCCAGCAUGCGCAUCGAGUGGUUCGUUAAUGGCAAGCCUGUGAAGACAGGUCAUCGUUUCCGUCCUGCCUACGAGUUUGAUUACGUGGCAUUGGACUUGCUCGGCUGUUAUGCCAUCGAUUCGGGCGUCUACACGUGUCAGGCACGCAAUCAAUUGGGCGAAGCAGUUACCUCGGGCUCCGUGCGCAUCAUCGCCAAGAACGAUUUGAUACUGGAAACUCAGAACAAGUCGGGACUGCAGAAGAUUCAAUAUCUGGAGGAUUCGUCGCGCUAUCGCCGUAAUGAGAUUGUCGAUGAGGUGGUCAACAUUCGUCCGCGCUUCCUUACGCAUCCGAAGAGCCUGACCAAUACCCGUGAGGGAGGUCACGCUCAUUUCGAGUGCAAAAUUGAACCGGUCACUGAUCCCAAUCUGAAGGUGGAGUGGUUCAAGAACGGCCGUCCAAUUACGGUGGGUCAUCGUUUCCGUCCCAUUCACGAUUUCGGCUAUGUGGCCUUGGACAUUGUGGGUCUGAUUGCCGAGGAUUCUGGUGUUUACACCUGUCGCGCUGUCAAUCUGAUUGGCUCCGAUGAGACUCAGGUGGAGCUGCAAUGCCGAAGUGGUGAGCAAAUUGUUACUGUCACCCAGAACGAGGCGGGUCUUGAGCAGAUCCACUAUCUGGAGGAUCGUUCGCGCUAUAGCCGUCGCGAGGAGAUCGACGAAAGCACCAAGCAGGCUCCCGUUUUCACAACCUCGCUGAAGAACGUUGAGAUCAAGGAGAAUCAACGCGCCCACUUUGAAUGUCGUCUGAUUCCCGUCUCUGAUCCAUCAAUGCGCGUCGAAUGGUAUCACAACAAUCUACCUCUGAAGUCAGGCUCUCGUUUCACGGAGACCAACAACUUUGGUUUCGUAGCCCUGGAUAUUAUGUCCACGCUGCCGGAGGAUGCCGGCACCUACACCUGCCGUGCUUACAAUGCUGUGGGUGAAGCCAUCACCUCAGCCGUUGCCGUUGUCCACACCAAGAAGUCCAUCUAUCUGGAGUCCCAGCACGAGACGGCAUUGCCACGUCUGCAGCACUUGGAGGAUAGCUCAAAGCGUCAGCGUAUUAGCGUCCAGGACGAAGUCGUGUCGCAAGCUCCGGUCUUCACCAUGCCAGUGAGAGAUGUUCGCGUCGCCGAGAAUCAAGCGGUGCACUUUGAGGCGCGUCUUAUUCCCGUUGGCGACCCGAACUUGAAGGUGGAAUGGCUGCGCAAUGGUCAGGCUAUUGAGGCAUCUAAUCGCACCACCACCAUGCAUGACUUUGGUUAUGUCGCACUGAACAUGAAGUAUGUGAAUCCCGAGGAUUCCGGCACCUACACCUGCCGUGCGGUCAAUGAGUUGGGUCAAGCGGUGACCUCCGCCUCGCUGAUUGUGCAGUCCAAGACUGCGAUUCAGUUGGAGACGCAACACGAGGCAGCCAUGCACAAGAUUCAUCAGCUAGAGGAUCAUAGCAAGUAUCAACGACGCGAGGAGGAGGAAUAUUCGGUGACCACAGCUCCCAUGUUUGUUACGAAAUUGGUUGGUCCCAGCAAUCUGGUUGAAGGCCAGAGUGCCCAUUACGAGUGCCGCAUUGAACCCUAUCCGGAUCCAAAUCUGAAGGUCGAGUGGUUGCACAAUGGCAAACCAUUAAACACUGGUCAUCGUUUCCGCACCACCUACGACUUCGGCUUUGCCGCCCUGGACAUUCUCACCGUCUAUGCGGAGGAUAGUGGCGAGUACACCUGUCGUGUGACCAACAAACUGGGCGAGGCCGUCAAUUCGAUUGCAUUGAAUGUGACUUCCCGUUCGUCGAUUAUUCAUGAUACCCAACACGAGGAGGCACUAUCUAAGAUUCAGCAUCUCGAGGAUGCCUCACGCUUCCAGCGCAAGACCGAAGAGGAUCAGUUCCAUGCCGAGCGUCCACAAUUCGGACGUCCGUUGCGUAAUGCCAAGGUCAAUGAAGGCACUCCCGUGCAUCUGGAGGCCACGCUGAUCCCUGUGAACGAUCCCACAAUGAAGGUCGAAUGGUAUUGCAAUGGUAAACCCAUCCAAACUGGUCAUCGGUUCAAAACCACCUACGAUUUUGGUUUUGUUGCCCUGGACUUACUGUAUGCUCAUGCAGAGGAUACUGGCACCUACAUGUGCAAGGCAAAGAAUGCUGUUGGGGAAGCUGUCACGACUUGUGCUGUAAACGUAACAGCAAAUAAGACACUGGAUAUGGAUACGCUCGAUGCUCAGCGGCUGGAGAAGAUUCGCCAGCUGGAGAACUAUGUGCCACCCACCAAGGCCAUUGUGGAGGAGAAGGGACAGAAGCCAAUUUUCCUCACACCUCUCAGCAAUCUGGAGCAUCUGAAGGAGGGUGAGCACGCCCAUUUGGAAUGUCGCGUUGAGCCCAUUGGCGAUCCCAAUCUGAAGAUCGAAUGGUUCUGCAACGGCAAACAAUUGCCCACUGGACAUCGUUAUCGUACCACUCACGAUUUUGGCUACGUAGCCCUCGACAUUUUAUAUGUUUAUGGCGAGGAUACUGGCACUUAUAUGUGCAAGGCCACCAAUCUCUUGGGCGAGGCCGUUAACACAUGCAAUGUACGUGUGUUGAACCGUCGCAGCAUGAUCCUAGAUACCCAACAUCCCGAUGCACUCGAGAAGAUACAGAAGCUGGAGUCGAAGGUGGUUACCACACGCACUGAAGUUGGCGAUCAUCCAAUUGGUCCGCCUCACUUCACCGCUGAGCUGCGUGGCUCCACGGAGAUUUACGAAGGCCAGACGGCGCACUUUGAGGCGCAGGUGGCGCCCGUGCAUGAUCCCAAUUUGCGCAUUGAGUUCUAUCAUAAUGGCAAACCGUUGCCUUCGGCUGCUCGCUUCCAUAUCACCUUUGACUUUGGCUACGUCUCUUUGGACAUUACCCAUGCCGUCGCUGAAGAUGCCGGCGAGUACUCUGUGCGCGCAGUUAAUGCACUGGGACAGGCUGUCUCCGCUACUAAGCUGCGUGUAAUUGCUCGUGGCACCAUCAUCUCGGACACUCAACAUCCUGAGGGUCUGGAAAAGAUAAGAAAACUGGAGUCAGCCGCACCUCAUCAGCGCCAGGAGGUGGAAACUCCUGGCACACUCCAGCGUCCCGUGUUCACGCAGCCGCUCCAGAAUAUUGAUCGCAUCAAUGAGCAUCAAACGGCCCACUUUGAGGCGCGUCUGAUCCCCGUCGGUGAUCCUAACCUGAAGGUCGAAUGGUAUCGCAAUGAGAAACUUAUCGAGGACAGCUCCCGCAUUACCAAGCAACAUGACUUUGGAUUCGUCUCGCUCGACAUCUCGCACAUCCGCAAAGAGGAUGAGGGCGUCUACAUGUGCCGCGCUGUCAAUCCACUUGGCGAGGCAGUCACCACCGCCUCAAUGCGUGUGGUGAGCGAGGCUAGCAUCUUAAUGGACACCCAACAUCCGGACAGCAUCAGUCGCAUUCAUCAACUGGAGAAGCCGGUUGCUCCACGUCCAACGGAACCGGAGCGUCUCUUCGAGAAGCCCAUCUUUACGCAACUGCUGACAGGUCCCUCUGAGCUCUGGGAAGGUAAUCAUGCGCACUUCGAGGCACGUGUUGUGCCCGUCGGUGAUCCCUCACUGAAAUUCGAGUGGUUCAUCAACGGCGUGGAGCUACAAAUGGGCUCACGUUUGCGCACUACUCACGACUUUGGCUUUGUCACCCUGGACAUUGCCGCUGUGGUACCCGAGGAUGCUGGCGUUUACAUGUGCCGCGCCUACAAUGCCGCUGGCGAGGCUGUAUCCUCCACUGCCAUGAAGGUGAAGACCCGUGCCAAUAUCGAUGGCCAGCCGUUGAUACCCGAGUCGUGGGAGGCCAUUCGUCUGAAGGAGGCCGCCAUGAAUCGUGUGCCCGAAAUGUUUGUGGACUCGACACCACAGCAGGCGCCAGUGUUCACCACGCAUCUGCAGAGCUACGACAAGUUGCACGAGGGCCAGCAUGUUCACCUGGAGGCUCAGGUGGAGCCACGUGCCGAUCCCAAUCUGCGCAUUGAGUGGUUCAAGAAUGGUGUUUCCCUUACCACCGGCUCUCGCAUUCGCAGCACCUUUGACUUUGGUCUGGUUACGCUCUCUAUUAAUGGCUUGCGUGAGGAUGACUCCGCUAUUUAUACUUGCAAGGCUACCAACCAAGUGGGCGAGGCUGUAUCGACGUCAUCGCUCAAGAUUGAAGAUCGUCACUGGUUGCAGGCAGAGUCACUGCAUCCGGACUCGCUGCCCCGCAUUGGCCAACUGGAGGCACCCAAGGAGGGUCGUCCCGAGGCCCCGGAGCCCACGUAUGAGACACCUGUAUUUAUCACUCAUCUUAACAACAUUGAGUGCAAAGAAACAGACAACGUACGCUUCGAGUGCAACGUGGAGCCAGCUCGUGACCCAACCAUGCAGAUCGAAUGGUUCUUCAAUGGUCAACCUCUGCAGGCAGCUGCCAAAUUCAAGUCCAUCUAUGACUUUGGCUACUGUGCUCUGGAUUUGAACAAUAGCUAUGCAGAGAACAGUGGCAUCUACACAUGCAAAGCCACCAAUAGCAAGGGAUCGGCGACCACCUCGGGCACAUUGAAGUGCACUGGUGGCAAGACCAUGUUCCUGGAUACCCAACAUCCACAGGGCGCUAGUGGUCUGGAGGCUGUGCAGGAAACGGAGGAGGCAUUGGCCAAUCGUUACAACCAGAAGUCGACCAAACCAGAGACACAGUAUCCACCACCGGUUUGGACUAAGCCAUUGCAGCAGGAGUUCCAUCUAUCAGAGGCGCAACCCAUCCAUCUGGAAGCAAAUGUAGAACCGAAAGAGGAUCCCAACUUGUUCAUCGAAUGGUAUUUCAAUGGCAAGCAGUUGCAACAUGGCUCUCGCUUCAAGAUGACCAGUGAAUUUGGUUUUGUUACCAUGGACAUGAUUGAGGUGUACUCUAGAGAUCAGGGCAUUUACACAUGCAAGGCAUACAACAAGGCUGGUGAGGCAUUCACAUCCACCACCAUUUUCUGCUCGAGCAAGGAGAGCAUUAUUGAGUCCACGCAGCAUCCAAAGGGUGCCGAGGGUCUCGAACAGAUUCAGGAUCUCGAGGACUCCCUACGCAAGGAUGGCAGCAAGCCGGUGCAGCCGGAAGAGGGCAUUGCACCGCGUUUCACCACCGAAUUCGUCAACAUUGUCGACAUCGGAGAAGGCGAGUUGGCCCAUUAUGAGGCGAACCUGAUUCCACUGGGCGAUCAGAGCAUGGUCAUCGAAUGGUUCUUUAAUGGCAAAGUAAUCGAGGCGAGCCACCGUGUGCGCACCAUCUACGCCUUUGGCACUGUCGCUCUUGAAGUGUUGGGCACCAAGAUCGAGGACACUGGCACCUACACCUGCCGGGCAACCAAUAAAUAUGGCUCGGCUGAGAUCAGCUGUACGCUGGAGUGUGUGGACAAGCCACGUGGCCAGAAGCCCCACUUCACAUCGCACAUUCAGCCAUUGCAGGGAUUGAAGGAUGGCCAGUCCGCUCACUUUGAGUGCACCCUGAUACCGGUUAAUGAUCCCGAACUGAAGGUCGAGUGGUAUCACAAUAGCAAGCUACUUCGCCACUCCAAUCGCAUCAAGACGGUCUCCGACUUUGGCUAUGUGGUAUUGGACAUUGCCUAUCUGCAGGAUCAUGAUAGUGGUGAAUAUGUUUGCCGAGCCUAUAACAGAUAUGGCGAGGACUUCACUCGUACCACUCUCAACUGUGGUGGUCGUGGUGGUGUCUUCUAUGACAGUUUGCAGCCUGAUUCGCUGCAAAGGAUUCGGGAGCUGGAGUGUCCUCAGGGACAGCAAACGGACACCAGUGCUCCACUUGUUGCAGAGCCACCCAAGUUUAUUACACAGAUCGCCGAUGUCACCAAGCUUGUGGAGGGCCAAAGUGCUCACUUCGAGGCGCGUUUGACACCGAUCACCGAUCCCGACCUGGUUGUGGAAUGGUAUUUCAACGGCAAGAAACUGCCACAUGGACAUCGUUUCCGCACCUUCCACGACUUCGGCAUCGUCAUCCUCGACAUACUCUACUGCUACGAGGAGAAUUCGGGCAUUUACGAGUGCCGUGCCCACAACAAGUAUGGCGAGGAUGUCACCAAGGCCACGUUGAAGUGCGCAUCAAAGGCCAGUCUCAUUCUGGACUCUCAACUGCCACGCGGCAUGGAGGGCGGUCUGGAGAAGAUUGCCAAUCUGGAGUACAGCAUGAUGCGCACUCGCGAAGAGACUACCGAGGAGACCAGAGGCAAGGCACCCGUGUUCACCGUGCCACUGGAGAACAUUGAGAGUCUGCGAGAGGGCGAGAAUGCGCACUAUGAGGCACGCAUUACGCCCACUGAUGAUCCCAAGCUGAAGGUGGAGUGGUACUGGAAUGGUCGUCCAUUGAAGGCCGGUUCACGUUUCCGCACUUUCUGUGACUUUGGUUUUGUUAUCCUGGAGAUUUCGCCCGUCUAUCCCGAAGAUUCUGGCGAGUAUUCGUGCCGUGCUAUAAACGAGUAUGGUGAGGCUGUGACCACUGCCACAAUGAAGAUUCAGGGCAAGCGCAGCAUCAUCAUGGAAUCGCAACUGCCCAAGGGCAUGGAGGGCACCAUUGAUCGCAUCGCUGAACUCGAGGGUCUCGGCUCACGCAGCACAGAGUUUGUGCCAGAGGAUGAUACGGGCAAGCCGCCCGAGUUUGUAACGACUCCAUUCGACAUGGUCAUCACAGAGAAUUCGCUGGCCCACUUCGAGUGCCGUCUGCAGCCCAUCAACGAUCCGUCCAUGCGCGUGGACUGGUUCCACAAUGGCAAGGCCUUGUGGUCCGGCUCUCGCAUCAAGACCAUCAAUGACUUUGGUUUUGUAAUACUGGAGAUUGCUGGUUGCUAUCAGCGCGAUACUGGCUUGUAUACGUGCAAGGCGACCAACAAGCAUGGCGAGGCCACCGUCUCCUGUAAGUUGCAGGUCAAGGGUCGCCAGGGCAUUGUUAUGGAGCCUCAAUUGCCGUCGAACUUCCGCACUGGCACUGAGAGCCUGCAGAAACUGGAGGAGAGCAUGCACAAACGCGAGGAGAUUGUCAUCGAUGAUGAGCAACCAAAUCCGCCCAGGUUUACUGAACAAAUCAAGGACAACCUGGACGUGCCCGAGAGCGGUCCCAUACACUUUGACUGCCGCGUCGAGCCCGUUGGUGAUCCAACUAUGCGCAUCGAAUGGUUCUACAAUGGACGCGUCAUGGCCACCGGUUCCAGAGUGCAUCAAUUGAAUGACUUUGGUUUUAUUGCCUUGGAUGUGGAUUACAUCUAUGCACGCGAUUCUGGCGAGUAUACUUGCCGUGCCACUAACAAGUGGGGCACUGCCACCACCACCGCCAAGGUGACCUGCAAGGGCAAGCACAACAUUAUCUAUGAAUCGCAAUUGCCGGAGGGCAUGACCGCUGAGAAGCUGAAGGAAUUGGAACGCGGACGCAUACCAGAUGCACCCAAGAUUGUCGAGGAGACCUUUGGACCCCCGAAGUUCACCACACAAAUUGCUUCAGUCACCGCCGAGGAGUCGGAAGCGGUGAGAUUCGAAUGCCAAGUGGAGCCCAAAACCGAUCCCAGUCUGCGUGUUGAAUGGUAUCGCAAUGGCAAGCCUUUGCCUCUAGGUCAUCGCUAUAGGAACAUCUUUGACAUGGGCUUCGUAUCCCUGGACAUUCUGUAUGUGUACAAUGAUGAUUCUGGUGAAUAUGUUUGCCGCGCCGUCAACAAUCAUGGCGAGGAUCGCACCAAGGCCACCAUCUCCUGCAAGAAAUUGCCCACUAUUUUACUUCAGAAUCAAGUGCCUCGUGGCAUGAAGCGCUCGGAUGCGCUCACCCAAAUGGAGGCAACGAUCAAGAAAUACACCUCCGAGGUUCAUUUAACCGAGGAUGAUCUCUUCGAUCCCGAUCGCAAGCAGCCACCACGUUUUGUUACCCAGAUCAAGGAGCAGCUUACGCUCACUGAGAUGGCCAAGACCAAAUUCGAGUGCCAGCUGGCACCAGUGGGCGAUCCAAACAUGAAGGUCGAAUGGUUCUUCAAUGGCAAACCCUUGCUAUUUAAAAAUCGCUUCCUUCCCAUUUACGAUUUUGGUUAUGUGGCCAUGAACUUUGGCUGGGUCUAUCCGGAGGAUAGUGGCGAAUAUGUUUGCCGUGCCACCAAUUUGUAUGGCAUGGAUGAGACACGUGCUGUUAUCAAGGUAUCGGGCAAGCCUGGCAUUGUCUACGACUCCCAACUGCCUGCGCAUAUGCAGAGCAUUGAUCGCAUUCGCGAAAUGGAAGCAUCCUGGCAGGUUGUACCUGAGGAAGCUGAUCCCGAUGCCAAGCCGAGAACAAAGCCCGUAUUCGUUAGCAAGCUGGAGCCACAGACUGUCGAGGAGGGCGAUCCCGCCAGGUUCUGUGUGCGAGUCACUGGACACCCACGUCCUCGCGUCAUGUGGCUCAUCAAUGGACACACUGUUGUGCAUGGAUCGCGUUACAAGCUCACCAACGAUGGCAUGUUCCAUCUGGAUGUACCCAAGACGCGUCAGUAUGAUACCGGCAAGGUGGAGGUUAUAGCGCGCAACUCUGUGGGCGAAUCGAUUGCUUCGACCGAACUGAAUGUUGUCGCACGCUCUGAUGACUAUCGCAAUGUGCUCAAGAACUCACCACGCCCGUGGUACGAUUAUGAGCUAGCUGGUUACCAGAAGGAGCGUCAGGAUAACGAAUUGGAAAAGGCAUUCGAUGAACGUAAGCAAUACUUGUCCGAGCAGAGUGCACAUACCCUUAAGGGUGUGGAGCACUUGAAGCCGAAGCAAUACAAGCCCACAACGCCAGAUUGGCAACAGAAUGUGAAGGCCAAGAAGAGUGAAGAGUACUACAAUAAGCUGCAGGAGCUGGAAACCGAACAGCUACUCAAGGAGACCCACAUGCGCAGUGAUACGCAUCAGUAUGCCAUACCCGGCGAGAAGGUUGUCAGCAGCUCAGCUGCCAAGGGCAUGGCCCAAUCCUACGAGGAGAAUCUUCAGGAGCAAACUAGCACUACCCAGAUCAAGGGGGCACCACCAAAGGGCACAGCUCAACCAUCUGAAUCCUCGGUACAUGGCCGUGAAGUCUACAUGAACAAGCAGCAACAAGUGCAGAAGGAGAUCCAAGGUGAUUUGGAGAUUACACGCAAGAUCACGGCCACGGAGACCACGGAGAUGGAGCACAAGGGCACCAUUCAGGAACGCGUUGUCAAGGGUCCCGUCAAGCCCGCUAAGGCGCCCGUCUUCACCAAGAAGAUUCAGCCAUGCCGCGUCUUCGAGAACGAGCAGGCCAAAUUCGAGGUUGAGUUCGAGGGUGAACCAAUGCCCCAGGUGAAAUGGUAUCGCGAGAGCUUCCCCAUCCAGAACUCGCCCGAUCUGCAGAUACACACUUUCAGUGGCAAAUCUAUAUUGAUCAUACGCCAGGUCUUCAUCGAGGACUCGGCUGUAUUUUCAUGUGUGGCCGAGAAUCGUGGCGGUACCGCCAAGUGCAGCGCCAAUUUGGUCGUGGAGGAGCGCAGACGCGCCGGCAAAGGUGGUAUUCAGCCACCAAGCUUUGUGACUACCAUACAAAGCACCACUGUAGCCACUGGCCAGCUGGCUCGCUUCGAUGCCAAGGUGACCGGCACACGGCCCAUGGAUGUGUACUGGCUAAAGAACGGCAUGAAGGUUCAGCCCAGCAUCAAGUUCAAAAUGCUGGAGGAGGACAACGUUCACACCUUGCUGAUCAUCGAACCCUUCGCCGAAGACUCUGGCCGCUAUGAGUGCGUUGCUGUUAAUGCCUCUGGCGAGGCACGCUGCGAUGGCGAUUGCAUUGUCCAAUCACCCACCAAGCCGGAGAAGCCAACAACGCCCGGCAGCGAGAAGGCACCGCAUAUUGUCGAGCAGCUCAAGAGCCAGUCCAUCGAGGAGGGCCACAAAGUGAUCUUCCGGUGUCGUAUUGAUGGCAAGCCCACUCCCACUGCUCGCUGGAUGCGCGGAGAGAACUUCGUGAAGCCAUCGCGUUACUUCCAAAUGACGCGCCAAGGUGAAUACUAUCAGCUCAUCAUUUCGGAGGCAUUCCCCGAGGAUGAGGGCACCUACAAGUGUGUGGCCGAAAACAAACUGGGCAGCAUUCAGACCAGUGCCCAGCUUAAGGUGCGCCCCAUAGAGAAUCUGGAUGCACCACCAACUAUUACGGCUCUCAAAGAUGUCUCCGUCACGGAGGGCAUGCCGGCGCAGUUCAAGACCACUGUAACGGGCAAAGUGAAAGCCACCAGCGUGCAGUGGUUCCGUGAGGGUCAGCUAAUACCGGAAACACCUGAUUUCCAGAUGAUCUUUGAUGGCAACAGUGCCGUGCUACGGAUUGGCACCACCUAUGAGGAGGAUUCGGGCAUCUUUACAGUACGUGUGACUUCGUCUACGGGACAGGUCGAGGCAUCAGCCAAACUGACUGUUAAAAAGCGACGUAUCUCGGCUUAUCAAUUGCGUACGAUUGAUUCUGUCGAAGAUGAGUCCUCGUCAUCUGGCAAGGAUGAUAGCUCGCCUGAAUCACCCCAAAAUUACCAGCAGCAGCAACCUGGCCAAUAUGGCCAAUAUCUAGGCGUUAAUGGGCAGGUUCAGCAUCAGGGUCGAUCGCGCACUAAGAAGACCAAAGUGCGCAGCAAAUCCUUGCAGCCACCCUCGAAUAUUGUGCCUUGGCGCAAGUCGACGCGUCCUCAUCGAGGGCGUUCUCUAGAUAAGCAACCAUUCUUGCCGGGCUUCAAGCCAGAGCCGGUAAAGUCCUGGACUGAGGAGACAAUUAGCUUAAAGGCCACUCCAAUUGAGAAGAAGAAGCCAACUCCCAAGUUGGAAGCCGCUCAGGUUGUGCUUAAGUCUAUUAAGUCGGAAAGGGAUCAAGGUAUUAUGAGCCUGGGUGCCACUUUAGAGCAGAUUAUAGCUGGCAAAACUGAAAAGGAGGCUAUACCUUGGAUAACGAUGCGUGAAAAGCUAAAGGCCGUCGAGAGUGUUCAGCAGGAGCUAAGCAAGUUUGAUCUUGAUGAGGUCUACUUGCGUCCACUCGAGGGUCAAAUCGAGACAGACGAGCAACUGCCACAACAGGCGCAAGUGGAGCAAGUUCAGCGUACCAAGGAAAUUCAACGCCUCAAGAGCAUGGAGAGCGUGGAAAUUAUGGAAAUGACUGAUCAAAUUGACAAACUUAUCACCCAGCAGCAGAAUAACAAAGAUCUCAUCCCAUGGAAGGAAAUGCGACAGCAGCUAAAGAGCGUUCAGCGUGUAACAAAACAAAUGGAUAAGUUUAAGAUAGAGGAGGUUGAGCUACGUCAUCUCGAGGCCCAACAGACUAUCAGUGAAGAGUUCCAGACUGCUAGCCAAGGUACAGUUAUAAUGACAAUCGACGAUAGUUCCAAGGGCUCAAUUUCAAAGGUCAUGACUCGCGAUGAGAUUCAGCACUAUGAAGAUCAAUCCAACAUCUACAAACAACAGUUUAUUACGACGGAAGAUGUGAAUAUCAUGCACGUGUCGGAGCGUGAAAAGCUCGAGGCACAAAGAUUGUUGAGAGAACAACAAGCUGUCAACUGGAGACAGCAACAGCAGCGGCCUCAAUUGCAGCCACUGACCUCUGUGGAGGAUACGAUUUCCCAGACUAGUGAGCGCCAGAAACUUGUGCAACAGCAAAGCUACAUCGAGGAAGCUCAACGUCAACAGUAUUCACAAAUCGAGGACUCACAGAUGAUGAGCCUCGAGCAAUAUGAACACCAAAAGAUGAUAAGCCAACACACCCAACAACACUCCGUCAACUGGCGCCAGCCUCGUGAGCCUCAAAAAUUCAUUCAGGUUGAGGAUUCAUCUCUUCUACACUUGCAAGAACGUCAGGAUACACAAGAGCAGCAGCUUACGCAGCCGGAGCCCGUGAUGUGGGAUCGUGGUAAGAAAAAGCCCGAGCAAGUGCAGCCGCAGCAACUGCAGCCCCAAGCUCCAGUUCAAAAGCAAUUUGUGGAGAAGCCAAAGACAUAUGAAGAAAUGCACGAUGAGCUUAUUGAAGAAUUGCCAGUCAAACAGCCAGAAGCAGUGCCAGUUAUGUGGGAACGCGGCAAGAAGAAGCCAAUACAGCCCCAGCAAAAGACAUUUGAGGAACUGCACGAUGUGUUGGAUGAACCUGUGCCAACUCCACAGCCAGAACCUGUUCCAGUUAUGUGGGAACGUGGCAAGAAGAAACCCAUUUCUCAGGAAGUCACAGACACUCAGCAGAUUAUGCAAACGUCGCAAGUGGUUGAACAGCAAAUUGUGGAGGAAACAAAGAAGACGGCAGUGCGUCGGGUAAUUCCACCACGUGCACCUGAAGAGAAAGUGGAACAGGUUACGCUGAAGCCAACGCCGCGACAGCGACCAAAAGAAGCCCAGAAGGCCGAAGAGUUCCAAUUGAAGCCCCUGAAGACCACGAGGACAGUACAACAAACCAUUGAAGAAAGUGUGCAGAAGGCUACUGAAGAAGCUACAGACGAAUUGGUUGAAGAAGUCAUUACUGAGGAACAGGAUCAACCGAAGCCUGUAUUGUGGGAGCGUGGGCAGAAGAAACCUCAAAAGCCAGACCAAGAAGAGCUUCCCGAGGUGCCUAAAACACUUGAAGUGGCAGUGGAUACUUUAGAAGAACAACCCAUUCAAGCUGUAGAGCCCCAACCACAACCUGUAAUGUGGGAACGUGGCAAGAAGAAGCCUCAAAAGCCAGCCACUCAAGAUAUUCCCAAGUCCCAUGAAGUCGCUGUUGACACACUGGAUGAAGAAACUGUUCCAACUGUUGAGCCUGAACCACAGCCUGUAAUGUGGGAGCGUGGCAAGAAGAAGCCUCAAAAGCCAGCCACUCAAGAUAUUCCCAAGUCCCAUGAAGUCGCUGUUGACACACUGGAUGAAGAAACUGUUCCAACUGUUGAGCCUGAACCACAGCCUGUAAUGUGGGAGCGUGGUAAGAAGAAAAAGCCACUGAAGCAAGACUUGUUUGAAGAAAAGGUUGUCGAAUCACCAACCAAAACUUUCGAAGAGGCAGUAGAUGUUCUGCCUGAUGAACCAAAGCAAGAGGAAAAACCAGAACCUGUUCUAUGGCAACGUGGUAAAAAGAAGGUACCACAAUCUGCGCCAACUGACGAAUUGCAUCCAGAUGAAGUAGAUGCGCAAGUCCAGCAAGUUGUCGAGGCUGAGGAUGAAGAAAUCAUCGAGGAAAAGCGCAAAAUAAAGAAGGUAAAGAAACCAAAGCUUCCAGUCGCUGCGCAGGAGCAAGUUGAACAGCCUGAAGAGGAAACUCCAGAGGAGGAGAUCAUUGAAGAGCAAGAGGAGAUUGUUGAAGAAAAGCGUAAGGUGAAGAAAACAAAGAAACCAAAGCUUCCAGUCACUGCUCAGGAGCAAGUUGAACAGCCAGAAGAGGAAGCUCCAGAGGAAGAGAUCAUUGAAGAGCAGGAGGAAAUUGUUGAUGAAAAGCGUAAGGUGAAGAAAACAAAGAAACCAAAGCUUCCAGUUGCUGCUCCGGAGGAAGCUGAACAGCCUGAAGAAGAGGCUCCGGAGGAAGAGAUCAUUGAAGAGCAGGAAGAAAUUGUUGAAGAGCAAGAAGAUAUUGUUGAAGAAAAGCGUAAGGUAAAGAAAACAAAGAAACCCAAGAAGCCCGUAGAACUGGAACAGGCUACAGAAGACAUUCCACAAGAAGAGCUCAUUGAAGAGCAGGAAGAAAUUGUCGAGGAGAAGCGCAAAGUUAAAAAGACAAGGAAACCAAAAACCAAAGAAGCUGAAGCAGUGGAAGAAGAAGAGGAAGAAGUUCCAGAAACACAAACAGAAGAGGUGGUAGAAAUCGAAGAGACUACUGUUGAAGAACCUAAGAAAAAGAAACCUAUUAUUAAACCUCCUGAAGUUGAACAAGUAGAAAAGGUAACGCUUAAGCCUGUCCCAAGAAAACAACACCAACUUCCUGAAAAAGAACAAGUUGAAGAGGUGACACUGAAGCCACGUCCUAGAACUUCAAUUGUCUCGGAGACGCAACAGCCUGAAAUACCUGAAACCGAAUAUGUUGAGAAGCAGAAGGUUGUUACAUUUGAAGAUCAAGUGGUGGAUGUCACUAAGAAACGAGUUAAGAAGAAGAAACCUAAAACAAAGUCUGAAACUCAGGAAUCAAUCGAAGAGCCGGUUGAAGAUAUAGAAGAACAAGAGGAUGAAUCUGUGACUGAAGAAAUAGAGCCGGUUGAAAUUCUACCCGAGGAAGAAGUUGUUGAAGAAAUUGCUCCAAAAGAGAAGGUGACAAAAUUGAAGCCCAAAAAGGAAGAAGUUGUCGAGAUGGUUGAAGAGGUUGCCUUGAAACCAGUGACCAGGCCAAAGAAACAAUUACCCCAGGAAGCAACAAUUGAAGAGGUACAUCUGAAACCAACAAAACGCACAACAGCCAAGCCUGAGGAUGUAAAAAUUGAGGAAGUUGACUUGCAACAUGUUGAAAGACUGGAUGAAGAAGUUGUACAAGAAGAGAAACGUAAAGUCAAGAAGGUGAAAAAACCAAAGCAUGAAGACUUGCCCGAAAUACCAGAUGCAGAGCCCACUGUUUUAGAAGAGGCAGAACACAUUGACAUCGAGAAGGAGCCGAAAACGGAAGAAGAAACACCUCAAGUGCCUUGGAAGCGUGGCCAGAAGAAAAAGCCGGUUGCUGAACCUUUAGAGGAGAAGCAAUGGCCAACUGGUAAGCGGCGACUACUACCUGAAGAACAGCCCGAAGAGGUGCAACUGAAACCAAUUCCCGCCAAGCCAGUGGAAGUGCCUGAGCAACCAGAAAAGGCAAUUCCGGGACCACAGCUACAGCCUGAAGAGAAUGUGGAAAGCGAAGAGGAGAUAUCUGAUUUGGAACCUCUGAAGAUUCCUGAUGACAAGCAACCCAAAGAAAAGGUUAAAAAGGAGAAGAAGAAGAAGCCAAAGCUAAAGAAGGCAACUCCAUCGGUGGAUGAGGUAUCAGAAGAAGUGGCUGAGCCAUUCGCAGAGCCUAUUGCUGAGGAGGAUCAAGUCGAAGAACUACCAGUUGAUGAUGACAAAGUGGUUGCCGUAUCCGAAGAUGUGCAGCCCGAAGAAGAAGUUGUGAUUACUGAGAAAACACCCGAAGUUAAACAAAAGGCGCAUAAGAAGCGUACUAAGCCUCUAAAGGAAGCUUCGGUUGAAGGACAACCACAGUUGCUUGAGGCAGCUAUUGCAGAAAUCGAAAAGGCUGAUGAAAUUUCCCAAGAGAUCUCACAAAAGACUAUAACUCUACUGAAGAAGACUGAAGACACAAGACCUCAAUUCAUAACAACAGAGCAGCUCAUCGAGCUCGAUGUGGAAGAUGUGAGACGCGAUCUCGAAAUGAAACUCACUUCAAAUAUUAUCAAGAAAGAGAAACGUCGUGUGAUACUUGAUGACAGCCAACCACUUCCCGAAUUGGAGCUUAUAACACAGAAACGCAUUCAGGAGGGCAUUGACAAAGUGGCUGAUGAGGAACUGAUAGAGGACCAACAGCUGAUACAAAACUUACAAGAAACGACUACGUCGGAGGUGAUUGGUCAGGAGCGUAAGCUGGUAAAGAAGAAGAAGAAGGAAAUAAAACCACCACGCAUAACCGAGAAGCUGCGACCACGUCAAUGCGUUCCGGAGGAGCCAACUGUUCUUGAGUGCAAGGUUGAAGGUGUACCAUUCCCGGAAAUCAAUUGGUACUUCAACGACAUUCUCCUGUUUGCAUCGGAGAAGUAUGAAAUUACCGUCGUGGAGCAGGUGGCACAGCUGAAGAUAGCGAAGGUCACUCCUAGUGAUGUGGGUGUUUAUACCUGUGAGGCCAAGAACGAGGCUGGGGUGGCGACUAGUCGUACCAACAUUAUAUUAGAAAAAGAACAAGGAGUUGCACCACAAUUUACCAAACCUCUUAAGAUCGUGUUUACAGAAGAGAAAGAGCCCGAACGGCUUAAAGUUACAGUAACGUGUCAGGUAACGGGCAGUCCCCAUCCACAAGUUAAGUGGUAUCGUGGCAUUGAGGAGGUUGUACCUAACGAAGCACUACAGAUGUUCUAUAACCAAGAAACGGGAGAAGUGGUUCUAGAAGUUAUGAAUCCACCUGCCAAUGAAGCUAUUACUUACUCGGUUCAGGCACAAAAUCAAUUUGGUCGCGCGAUUGGCAAUGCCAAUAUCAUGAGUCGUGUUGAUGAAGCUCCCAAGGAGAUCCUAAAAGCGCCCACAGUUACACCAUUAAGUGCAGUCGUAGUACCAAGUGGAGGCACUUUACUAUUUGAAGCCAAAUACGAUGGAAGCCCUACACCAGAGAUCAAAUGGAUGCGUAAUGGUCGUGAGGUGGUUGAAAACGAGGAAACAAUUAUAGAAACCACUGAAACCACAACUAAAAUAACGGUUACCAAUAUGAAUCGUAAACGUACUGGAAAAUACGAAGUUUGCGCCAAGAAUAAAGUGGGUGAAGCCAAAUCUUCAGGUUCAGUGGUCGUUUCAGACUCAGCGCCCGAUAAGAAAAUCAAACCACCCCGAUUUAUUCAACCAUUGGAGCCAAAGUUCUUUGGAGAGCAUGAAGUUGCAAUACUUGAGGCUGUCGUUGAUUCAGAACCGCUUUCAUCCUUCCAAUGGUUUGUGCAUAACGAACCCAUCAAGAGCUCCAAUGAAUGCCGCAUUGUUACCCAAGCCAACAAGUCAACGCUGUUGAUUGAGGACUUCCAAAAGAAGUUCUCUGGACCAUUCACUUGUCGGGCGGAGAACGUUGGCGGCUCUGUUACAUCAACAGCAACAGUAAAUAUGCUGGAGUCUUUGCCACUGGAAGAGGCUGUGGAAUUCGAAUCGCCUCGAUUCAUUGAAAAACUGAUUGAGCCCAUGGAGGUAAUGGAUGGUGAAGCGCUGAAAUUGACCUGUAAAGUGACAGGAAAGCCUACACCAAAAGUGGAAUGGUAUCACAAUAAGGAAAAGAUAACCGAGACAAAAGAAACGAGUAUAUCGCAGGACUUACAAGGAAAUUGUCAACUGCAAAUAACAGAAGUUUUCCCUGAAAAUAAGGGACAAUAUAAGUGUAUUGCUACCAAUAAGAUUGGCAAAAGCGUCACCAAAACUACAGUUAAUAUUCAAGCAUUUGAAUAUAUCCCCGAUUCUGAAAUCACUGGACUCACAGGAUCUGAGGAGGAUCUACUUGAUAGAACCACUUCAAUCGACGAACAAGCUCCGAAAAUAAUUAAAAAGCUACCUGUUAAAAUCGAACCCAAAGAGGGUGAACAAGCGAAAUUGGAAGUUAAGGUUAUUGGUAAACCAAAACCAAAAGUCAAAUGGCUACGUGACGACGAACAGAUAUUCGCUUCCGAGGAAUAUCAAAUCGAAAAUUUCGACGAUGGGACCUCAGUGUUGGUCAUCAAUCAUGUCUAUCCCGAUGAUUUGGGCACAAUUAGUUUUGAGGCUUACAAUCCAUUGGGAGUGGCAGUAACUACAGCACUAUUUGCCGUGGAAGGCAUCGUUGGAUCAAAGGAUUACCGCAAACCAGAAUGGGUGACUCACAUGGAAGAGAUGCAAGUUGCUCUCAAAGCUGCUAAAUGCUCGCCAUCGCUGCUUAAUGAAAUGCGUGACUGCCGUGGGUCCAUUGGCGAAACUGCCAAAUUUAAAAUACAAUUUGCAGGAAAUCCAAAACCAGAUAUACAGUGGUAUUUCAACAAUGUGCAACUUAGGGCAUCAGAAAAGUAUCGCAUGGUAGUGGAGGAGUCGGAAGCAACGCUAGAAAUAUUCAAGAUUAUAAAUGAGGACUGCGGUAACUACACCUGCAAGCUGAUCAAUGAGAUUGGCAUGACAAUGACGCGCGCUAAAUUCGAUAUAUCCUCAACGACUUCGGAGGAGACGGAGCAUAUUAAGACGAAGACAACUGUGAAGAGAAAAACGGCUAAAAAGACGAUGGCGAAACGAACUAAUGCAUCUGCGUCGCAGACUUUGCAUAAGACAGAAAUACAAAUAGUGCCAGCCAGUAGAGUAGAGACUACAAUGAAUAUAAUCAAGGUGAAACAGGCUGUACCCAUAGUAGUGGAACACAGUGAAGUUUCCGAAGUGAUGCAAGUAAAAGAUCGCAAGAUUGCUGAUGCCGAGCAACGUAGCAGCAGAAUCAUUGAAGAAAUUGUCGAAGAAGAUGAGGAGGAAGAGGAUGAGAAUGAGAAAGAGAAUAAGAAAGAAGAUGUCUACGUGAAAAAGAUAUACAAAUCGAGUAAAACUAUUCAGCUAACUGAAAGCGUUGAGCUCAUACGAAUGAAAAUCACUCAGAAAUCCAUUAAAAUUGAAGAUAUCUAUGAUAUAAGCCAACAUGAAGAGGUGCAAUGGCUACUCGAAUCUGUCGAGGCCAAGUCCUUUGGCAAAACUGGUGAGGCAGCCCUCAGAGAUCUGGCCACUAUUGGUGUGCUAUUACGCUAUGGCUGCACUCAUUAUGAGAUCACAUACAUGUACGAACAGAACAUAUUCAUAUCUCUGCAAAAGCCUGAAUCACAAUCGGCUCUCGUUCAGCUUGUGGAGCGUGAAGGCCACGAAGAGCUAAUUACCCAAAUUCUAAGUGAAUCUUCAAACGAAGACGAGACCACACUGGCAGCGACAGUCGGCUUCAAGGCCUUCAUACGCAUGAUAGAGUCGUACGAAAUAACAAUAGAGACGGUCAUACGAAAGUUUCAUAGGGAGGACUUCAUCUCGCACGAUUGGAAGAUAUGCGGAAAGGAGAGAAUAGUAGAGACAUCCCAGAUUAUUGAAAGUCACGAGGCAAUUACGCAUGUCAAAAUCGAGGAAACAUUUGUCGAGGAACGCACGAUAGUUGUCGAUGAAGAAACAACAACCACAAAAGUGGAUAAACUAUUCAUACAGCAACAACAAGCACAAGAACAAGAACAUGAACAAGUACAAGAACAACAAGUACAAAUAAAGGCUGAACAAACAGUGCUUAGCAAAACCAAAACUAAAAAGCAUAAAAAACAUACAGAAAUGAUACAACAAGAACAAGAACAACCACAACAAGAAGAGAGAGAAAGUGUUGAGGCUAUUACCUAUUACGAGCAGAGAGAAACAUUUGCAGAAGAAUCAAACACUGAAGCUCCAACAAUUGAAACACUCGAGCAUAUUGAAGAGCUAUUGCCACACAGCACAACACUUUCCACCCAAAAUCUACCAAAAAGCACACACGAGACAAUUCCAGUUUCAGUAACUACAGAACUCUCCACACCGAAACCGAUAGCCGCGCAAGUACAUAAUGAAUUUUUACCGCAAAAAACUUUAGCAGUGAAUGAGGAGUGUUUAGCAUUUGAUGAGGUUAGAUUUGAUUUAGAUCGGUCCAAGCCAGCGACGAGUCAACUUAGCGAACAACUUGAAGUUCGCGAGAGACAUGCUGUUUCUAUAACAGAGAUGCAGAUAAAGGAAUCACCCAAGGAAAUAAAAUCCUCUAAAAUUCCGAAGCUUAUGAAAGCUGAACGUAAAAUGAAGGAGUCGCGUCCCUUGUUAAUACAAGCACCGAGCGUCGAGGACUCAGUAGGUGAGCUGGAAUCGUUAAAAAAUCCCACUCAGCAAGCACAUGGCGAGAUCGUUUUCUCCCAUGAGCUCAGCUCGGAGCAGACGUCAACAUUGGAAAGUGUUGACAACCUUAAAUCACCUUUAAUUAGCACGGAAAGAGCACAAUCACAAUAUCUGGAAAAUGAAAGUGUUCUAAUCACUGAAUCGUUUAGAGGUGAGACUGUCGCUAAGGAAGAAUCCCCUGCGAAGCACAUUAGCGAACAAGUAUCUCCACAAAUUAUGUCAAAUAUUAGUUUGGGAGUUAGUGAAUACCAACCAGAUGACUCUGUAAUGGAGCUAAAAUCAGAAGCAGAAGUGCACGCUGAGACUUCAUCAGUAACAGUACAAGAAUUUAAAGUAUUUAGCACUAGUGAGUCCAGAGCAUUAGAAAGUGUUGAGGAAAUACGUGUUGAACACCAGACUGCAAAGUCUCAAGCAGAAGUUACCAUUAAGUCCGAAAACACACCACUUUUGGUUCAGGAAAUCGAAAAAAUGGAGUCGCUAAGUGGGGAAGAGCCAUUAACACAGCGAAUACCUGAGGUUCAGGCUCUUAAACAAUUGGUAUUAACAGAGGGACUAAUUAAUACAACAGCAGAUGCGCGAAGUCCUACGGAACAAAGUUUGCCAAUGUUUAGGGCUGACUCACAGGAAGCCAGCUUCAGCGUGGAAACUCAAUCUCAUAUUAUUACUCAGGAGACUGUGUUUACUGAAGAUGGUCCAAAGGAUUUGGCUCUUAUGGACGUACCCAAAAAUGUUGGUGCUACACUGAGCCAAACAAGCACUCUAACAGUUGGAGAAAGUCAAGAAACGCAUUUAGUCGAAACAACUUCCAAACUGGAUAAGCCAAUAAUAGAGCCAGCCAAGCCCGCAAAGGAAACAUUAACCACAGCAUUUGCUACCGCCGUGGGUAAUCAGGAAGCAGUAUAUGAUACCCUUGACAUAAUGGAUCAUCUAAGAAAAGAUUUUAAUCAAGGAAAGGUAAACAUAACUGAUGGCGAAUUAGUUGCAGAGGUGCGUGCACAUACUAUUAUUGACUCGGAACAAAUACUUUUGCCUGUGGUCCCUGAAACUGUAAAUGCUAAAUUGGACUUUGUUGAACAGAAGGCAUUACAUGUUAAGCAAGAUACUGGCAUUGAGAAAGAAACUGACCUUCCGAUAAAAGAACUGGCGCCUGAGCAAGCCGCUAUAGAAAAAAUGAUGCCCAUUGAACUUAAAGCAAGCAGUGUGUGGGAGGUGCAUCCUCAACUUACACCUGCUGAUAUUGAAAGUGAAAUUAUUAAGCCAGGAUCAGCGACCCAAAUUUUCGAAUCAAAACCGGUUGGAGUUACAAUUCAGCAGGAAUCGCUAAGCGGCACAGAAUAUCUUGAACUACCACAACAGCCGAAACAUAAGACCGGAAGUGUACUUAUGGCUGACUUAAAGCAGCAGCUAGAUGUAACCGAUGUGCAGGUUUUAGAGUCAAACUUUGACCUAAAAGUAGUGCCGAGCCAACAACAAUUAGAAGCUCAGGAAACAACUGAGACAUUUACUCAUGCAGAGCAUACAGAAGUUAUAUUAUUGGAGUCUACGAAGGAACAUGCAACAGAAAGCAAGCCAACUGCGGCUUUAGCAGAAAUAGCAAUCCCAGCUCAAUUUGGAACUGAUAUAUCAGAGCACACAUUACUGGAAACUUUGCAGCCUCACCAGCAGAUAACACAGCCUCAGCAGCAGAUAAUAGGAUCAACAUUUGACCUUCUGCAGCCAUUGGAGACAAGCUCUCUCUUGACUCUAGAACAGGAAAUAGUUAUGCAGCCAGAAGAACCAAAUGCUGUGCGGAACGCUGCUAUUGGAACAUCCACAGCUUUACAGGUGGCAAAUCAAUUAAGUCCCCAACAUAUGGAAUUAUUACAAGAGUUUGAUGAUGAGACGCAGCCACAACACCAAGCUCAAAUUAAUAUAGGUGAAUUAACAUUACCGGAAAGCGAAGAAGUAACAACUUUAGAUGCCAUAAAGGAUUACAUACCAAUGGUAUCAAAUAAACUUACUGUAACUAACGUAGAUUUCGUAGAGAAUACAUCUGCUUUGAAUACUUCUACAGCCAUGGUUAGUGAAGAAGUAUGUGACAUUAAGGAGCCAGCUGCCGUUCAACAACCUGGCAUUACACCAAAAUUGAGUGACUUCACCAAUAAAUCACCGCUCUUAGAAGAACCAAAUGCUUUGGAUUCUACAGCAGAGCUAAGCACUUUUAAUCCGACGUUAGAAAGUAGUCAGCCUACAAUAAGCAGCUUCGACGAGAUACAUGUACAGGAAACCAAAAUAUUUGAAAAAGCGGUUAUAAUGGAAGAGCAGUCCCAUCCGAUCGGACAGUUGGUUAAAGUUUCACUUGAUUCCACAGCUGGUGUUGGGUUGAGUCAUAAGGAGCAUAUUUUCGAAUUGGAGAGUAAUCUUGAAGUAUUAUCUGCGCCCUCGGAGCAAGCAAAAUCACUCGCCUCGGAAUUGUUAAAGCUACCAUUGACAGAAGGGGUGCAAGCAAAUCAGUCAACCGGAGAUUUGGCAGGAUUCACAGUGUCUAACAAAUUUGCCACAUCGAAUAUUGAUGUCUUAACUGAAACAAAGACGUCUGAAGCCAUAGUUUAUGAUAACGUUUCAAUGUCUAAGGUUAUUGAUCAACCUGAAUGCGUUAUCUCUCAGACCAUGAUUCCCCUUGAGCAUAAACUGAUCACGGAAUGUGUUGUGAUUGCCGAUGUGGAGGAGUUUAAGGAAACACCGGACAAGCAAAGAACUGCCAAUCCCACUCAGGACGCAUUCAGCCAUUUAGCUAUUGCAGAGGAUCAAAAUACACUUGAAGCCGAAUCAACUUUUGAAUCUGACCGUUCACAAGAGUUUAGUGCAAAGAUUACCGAAGUUAUUCCAGCGUUUUGCACGAAAGGAGUCGACGAAAUUCAGGUGUAUGAAACUUUAGAUGAACCGCAGCGUAGUAAAAAAAUAUCGGAACAACAAGCUGGAAUUUCCCAUGAUGUGGCUCAGGUUGCCGUUACAGACUUACAACAAAGUAUAGAAACAGAGGAAACUUUCAUUACCGAGCCCCAAAACAGUGCAGCUGCCAUCUCAAGUGAUAAUAACUCGAUAUUUAAGUUGCCUGUGAGUUCUGCAAUACAAAUUGUAGAGGAUGCCACCGAAUUCGCCACACCUGCAACAGACGAAGCAUUUGCUAAGCGCAAUUUAGAAGGUCAGCAUUAUGAAGUAACAGUAAUUGAUAGUCAACUAGCUGAAGGCACAGAACCUAUUUCUCCUCACGAUGAAUUUGCAGCAAAAGCAACAGAGUCUUUAAAUAUUAUGUUCAAAACAAUUUCCGAAUCAGUACAAUCCAGCAUAUUUCAAAAGGAGUCUGAAAUACAACACACAGAGUCCCAGGAAGUUAUUGCCAAACCAACUUUUAGUGAUAUUAUUCAAUAUACAACAACAACAGAUGUGAUGCCCUUAGAAUUUUCGGAGAAUAUUAAACAUACCGAAUACAACAAGCAGAUGGCUCAAGUCCACCCUUUUGUUUUGACUGAUGCCAACAAAUUAAACGUUCAUAUGGAUGAGAUUAUCCUACAAAAAGAGGAUACAUUCUUGGACUCUCAUCAAGUUGGUUAUGGUAAACCUUUUAUAGAAGGUACACAACGUGAAACGCUCAUUUCCGAGGUCAUACCAAUAGAAAAUGUUGGUAAUUUAGGAGUGCCGACUGUUGAUGCUCAAAAAAUGACUAGUACUGUUACCACCCCAUCACAAAUGCAUAAAACUGUAUCACAAGUUGAGGCCUACGAAAAAGCCGUGGCUCUGAAAGAUGAGCGUCCAAAUGAAGGACAUGUCGCUAUAGUCGGUGAUAAAGAAACAAAGCGUGCAAAUGUUACAACAAUACAAGCUUCAUAUAUCAAAGAAGAUGAUAUGGUUCCUCUAUCUUAUACGAAAAAUACUGUUCAGAUAUCCAAUACAGAGCAAGAAUCAUUGAUAACCGAGGAAGUUAUUAGCGUAAGCUCCAUACAAGAAAAUUACGACCUCCAUAUACCAACACAAGUUAAUGCUAAUAUAAUAUGUGAGUCUUCAAAUGAGGCAACAACAAUUUCAGAGCAAUUGGCCUAUGAAGAUUCGCCUAAUAUUGAAAUUGAGGAAAGUAAAUUCUCUACGUCUCGAAUUAAUUUUGUUGAAAGUUGUACCAAGCCAGUUGAAACAUCCACUGUUAGCGUAUACGAAAAUAUUAAAGGACAUGGCGAUUUUCAGCCCCUGAGUGCAAAACCAACAUCAGAUGUGCUAUCAGACUUAAAGGUUUCGGUUGUGGAAGAGGUAACUGCUAUACCGUCUCUAGGUAGAAUUACAGAAACUGUGCCCAAAGAGGUCAUAGCAAUUGCAGAAAAUAUUGCUCAUAAAAACGUUCUUGUUACCAAACAAGAGCCCUGCGAAAAUGUGAACAUUUUAUUAGAGAAUGCAGCUCCUGCUAUGGAAAGUGCUUGCUAUGCAACUGCUGAUACAAAACUCGCGGCGCUAUCUAAUGAACUUCAUGAGAAAGGAACUCUUUCUGAAACAAUCAGUUCUGAAUUAGAUUUAGAAUAUGCAAAGCCUUCAAUGACGCCAUAUAGCUCGUGUCUCUAUCAACAAAUUAUAGCAGAAGAGCAAGUCACAACACUACAUAAGAAAGACCAAACACAAUCCACAAAUGCAAAUGUUAGCUAUGAAACAAACGUCACAAAUCAGGUUGAUAUAUGCAAUCUAACAACAAAUCUUAAUAUAUCAUAUGACCUGGAAAACAUACAGCCUUCAAUAGAGCAGAGAGAGAAUGCUUUACAAAACACAUCAUUUGUAUCUGAUAAUGUAACUAUUAUUAUGCCCCUUGAGGCUGAACUUCCUGUAAAUGCAAAGGUUACGACAACACCAAAACAUGACAAGCCACACAUUGACUUGGAAUUACCUUCUGAGUCACAAUUGCAAUCUACACCAAUAAUUGAGUAUGAAAAUCUUAAAACAAAAAACUUAAAUCAAAUCAAACAAGCAAAGCCGGAUACAAAACAAGCCACAGACACACAACACACACUACAAACGACACCAACACAAAUUACACAUGAAGUUGAAAUAACGGAAAUUCCUGAAAAUAUUCACGUUAUUGAAGAAAUUACAAAAGACGGGCAAAAAAAUACAAAAACAAAACGCACACGCUUAAUAAAAAAGGUUAAAGGCGACAAACAAGAGCUUACAAAGAUCGAAACCGUUGAAGAGGAUGGCAAAGAACCACAGACAACAGUCACCGUGGAAGAGAUUCCUGUGGAAGAAAAACAGCCUGAAGAAAUCAAGGAACUUCCAGAGGAAGUUCGUGUUGUGGAAACUGUUACCGAAGACGGCAAGCCAAAGAAAAAGAAGAUACGCACUCGUGUUAUCAAGAAGAUUAAGGGAGAUAAACAAGAAGUUACCAAGAUCGAAACCGUCGAAGAGGAUGACAAAGAACCAGAGACAACUGUCACCGUGGAGGUGAUUCCUGUGGAAGAACAGCCAGAGGAAGUCAAGGAACUUCCAGAGGAAGUUCGUGUGGUUGAAACUAUCACCGAAGACGGCAAGCCAAAGAAGAAGAAGAUACGCACUCGUGUUAUCAAGAAGAUUAAAGGUGACAAACAAGAAGUUACAAAGAUCGAAACAAUCGAGGAGGAUGACAAAAAACCAGAGACAACUGUCACCGUGGAAGAGGUUCCUGUGGAAGAAGAACAGCCUGAAGAAAUCAAGGAGCUUCCAGAGGAAGUUCGUGUGGUUGAAACUAUCACCAAGAUCGAAACCGUCGAGGAGGAUGACAAAGAACCAGAGACAACUGUCACAGUGGAAGAGAUUCCGGUUGAAGAACAGCCUGAAGAAAUCAAGGAGCUUCCAGAGGAAGUUCGUGUGGUUGAAACUAUCACCGAAGACGGCAAGCCAAAGAAGAAGAAGAUACGCACUCGUGUUAUCAAGAAGGUUAAGGGUGACAAACAAGAAGUUACCAAGAUCGAAACCGUCGAGGAGGAUGAUAAAGAACCAGAGACAACUGUCACAGUGGAAGAGGUUCCUGUGGAAGAAGAACAGCCUGAAGAAAUCGAGGAGCUUCCAGAGGAAGUUCGUGUGGUUGAAACUAUCACCGAAGACGGCAAGCCAAAGAAGAAGAAGAUACGCACUCGUGUUAUCAAGAAGGUUAAGGGUGACAAACAAGAAGUUACCAAGAUCGAAACCGUCGAGGAGGAUGACAAAGAACCAGAGACAACUGUCACAGUGGAAGAGGUUCCUGUGGAAGAAGAACAGCCUGAAGAAAUCAAGGAGCUUCCAGAGGAAGUUCGUGUGGUUGAAACUAUCACCGAAGACGGCAAGCCAAAGAAGAAGAAGAUACGCACUCGUGUUAUCAAGAAGGUUAAAGGUGACAAACAAGAAGUUACCAAGAUCGAAACCGUCGAGGAGGAUGACAAAGAACCAGAGACAACUACAACUGUCACUGUGGAAGAGAUUCCUGUGGAAGAAGAACAGCCUGAAGAAAUCAAGGAGCUUCCAGAGGAAGUUCGUGUGGUUGAAACUAUCACCGAAGACGGCAAGCCAAAGAAGAAGAAGAUACGCACUCGUGUUAUCAAAAAGGUUAAGGGUGACAAACAAGAAGUUACCAAGAUCGAAACCGUCGAGGAGGAUGACAAAGAACCAGAGACAACUGUCACAGUGGAAGAGGUUCCUGUGGAAGAAGAACAGCCUGAAGAAAUCAAGGAGCUUCCAGAGGAAGUUCGUGUGGUUGAAACUAUAACCGAAGACGGCAAGCCAAAGAAGAAGAAGAUACGCACUCGUGUUAUCAAGAAGGUUAAGGGUGACAAACAAGAAGUUACCAAGAUCGAAACCGUCGAGGAGGAUGACAAAGAACCAGAGACAACUGUCACAGUGGAAGAGAUUCCGGUUGAAGAACAGCCUGAAGAAAUCAAGGAGCUUCCAGAGGAAGUUCGUGUGGUUGAAACUAUCACCGAAGACGGCAAGCCAAAGAAGAAGAAAAUACGCACUCGUGUUAUCAAGAAGGUUAAGGGUGACAAACAAGAAGUUACCAAGAUCGAAACCGUCGAGGAGGAUGACAAACAACCAGAGACAACUGUCACCGUGGAAGAGAUCCCGGUUGAAGAAGAACAGCCUGAAGAAAUCAAGGAGCUUCCAGAGGAAGUUCGUGUGGUUGAAACUAUCACCGAAGACGGCAAGCCAAAGAAGAAGAAGAUACGCACUCGUGUUAUCAAGAAGGUUAAGGGUGACAAACAAGAAGUUACCAAGAUCGAAACCGUCGAGGAGGAUGACAAAGAACCAGAGACAACUGUCACAGUGGAAGAGGUUCCUGUGGAAGAAGAACAGCCUGAAGAAAUCAAGGAGCUUCCAGAGGAAGUUCGUGUGGUUGAAACUGUCACCGAAGACGGCAAGCCAAAGAAGAAGAAGAUACGCACUCGUGUUAUCAAGAAGGUUAAGGGUGACAAACAAGAAGUUACCAAGAUCGAAACCGUCGAGGAGGAUGAUAAAGAACCAGAGACAACUGUCACAGUGGAAGAGAUUCCGGUUGAAGAACAGCCUGAAGAAAUCAAGGAGCUUCCAGAGGAAGUUCGUGUGGUUGAAACUAUCACCGAAGACGGUAAGCCAAAGAAGAAGAAGAUACGCACUCGUGUUAUCAAGAAGGUUAAAGGUGACAAACAAGAGGUAACCAAGAUCGAAACCGUCGAGGAGGAUGACAAAGAACCAGAGACAACUGUCACAGUGGAAGAGAUUCCGGUUGAAGAACAGCCUGAAGAAAUCAAGGAGCUUCCAGAGGAAGUUCGUGUGGUUGAAACUAUCACCGAAGACGGCAAGCCAAAGAAGAAGAAGAUACGCACUCGUGUUAUCAAAAAGGUUAAGGGUGACAAACAAGAAGUUACCAAGAUCGAAACCGUCGAGGAGGAUGACAAAGAACCAGAGACAACUGUCACAGUGGAAGAGGUUCCUGUGGAAGACGAACAGCCUGAAGAAAUCAAGGAGCUUCCAGAGGAAGUUCGUGUGGUUGAAACUAUCACCGAAGACGGCAAGCCAAAGAAGAAGAAGAUACGCACCCGUGUUAUCAAGAGGGUUAAGGGUGACAAACAAGAAGUUACCAAGAUCGAAACCGUCGAGGAGGAUGACAAACAACCAGAGACAACUGUCACCGUGGAAGAGAUCCCGGUUGAAGAAGAACAGCCUGAAGAAAUCAAGGAGCUUCCAGAGGAAGUUCGUGUGGUUGAAACUAUCACCGAAGACGGCAAGCCAAAGAAGAAGAAGAUACGCACUCGUGUUAUCAAGAAGGUUAAGGGUGACAAACAAGAAGUUACCAAGAUCGAAACCGUCGAGGAGGAUGACAAAGAACCAGAGACAACUGUCACAGUGGAAGAGGUUCCUGUGGAAGAAGAACAGCCUGAAGAAAUCAAGGAGCUUCCAGAGGAAGUUCGUGUGGUUGAAACUGUCACCGAAGACGGCAAGCCAAAGAAGAAGAAGAUACGCACUCGUGUUAUCAAGAAGGUUAAGGGUGACAAACAAGAAGUUACCAAGAUCGAAACCGUCGAGGAGGAUGAUAAAGAACCAGAGACAACUGUCACAGUGGAAGAGAUUCCGGUUGAAGAACAGCCUGAAGAAAUCAAGGAGCUUCCAGAGGAAGUUCGUGUGGUUGAAACUGUCACCGAAGACGGCAAGCCAAAGAAGAAGAAGAUACGCACUCGUGUUAUCAAGAAGGUUAAGGGUGACAAACAAGAGGUAACCAAGAUCGAAACCGUCGAGGAGGAUGACAAAGAACCAGAGACAACUGUCACCGUGGAAGAGAUUCCGGUUGAAGAACAGCCUGAAGAAAUCAAGGAGCUUCCAGAGGAAGUUCGUGUGGUUGAAACUAUCACCGAAGACGGCAAGCCAAAGAAGAAGAAGAUACGCACUCGUGUUAUCAAAAAGGUUAAGGGUGACAAACAAGAAGUUACCAAGAUCGAAACCGUCGAGGAGGAUGACAAAGAACCAGAGACAACUGUCACAGUGGAAGAGGUUCCUGUGGAAGAAGAACAGCCUGAAGAAAUCAAGGAGCUUCCAGAGGAAGUUCGUGUGGUUGAAACUAUCACCGAAGACGGCAAGCCAAAGAAGAAGAAGAUACGCACCCGUGUUAUCAAGAGGGUUAAGGGUGACAAACAAGAAGUUACCAAGAUCGAAACCGUCGAGGAGGAUGACAAAGAGCCAGAGACAACUGUCACCGUGGAAGAGGUUCCUGUGGAAGAAGAACAGCCUGAAGAAAUCAAGGAGCUUCCAGAGGAAGUUCGUGUGGUUGAAACUAUCACCGAAGACGGCAAGCCAAAGAAGAAGAAGAUACGCACUCGUGUUAUCAAAAAGGUUAAGGGUGACAAACAAGAAGUUACCAAGAUCGAAACCAUCGAGGAGGAUGACAAAGAACCAGAGACAACUGUCACAGUGGAAGAGGUUCCUGUGGAAGAAGAACAACCUGAAGAAAUCAAGGAGCUUCCAGAGGAAGUUCGUGUGGUUGAAACUAUCACCGAAGACGGCAAGCCAAAGAAGAAGAAGAUACGCACUCGUGUUAUCAAGAAGGUUAAGGGUGACAAACAAGAAGUUACCAAGAUCGAAACCGUCGAGGAGGAUGACAAAGAGCCAGAGACAACUGUCACCGUGGAAGAGGUUCCUGUGGAAGAAGAACAGCCUGAAGAAAUCAAGGAGCUUCCAGAGGAAGUUCGUGUGGUUGAAACUAUCACCGAAGACGGCAAGCCAAAGAAGAAGAAGAUACGCACUCGUGUUAUCAAAAAGGUUAAGGGUGACAAACAAGAAGUUACCAAGAUCGAAACCGUCGAGGAGGAUGACAAAGAACCUGAGACAACUGUCACAGUCGAAGAGGUUCCUGUGGAAGAAGAACAACCUGAAGAAAUCAAGGAGCUUCCAGAGGAAGUUCGUGUGGUUGAAACUAUCACCGAAGACGGCAAGCCAAAGAAGAAGAAGAUACGCACUCGUGUUAUCAAGAAGGUUAAGGGUGACAAACAAGAAGUUACCAAGAUCGAAACCGUCGAGGAGGAUGACAAAGAGCCAGAGACAACUGUCACCGUGGAAGAGGUUCCUGUGGAAGAAGAACAGCCUGAAGAAAUCAAGGAGCUUCCAGAGGAAGUUCGUGUGGUUGAGACUAUCACCGAAGACGGCAAGCCAAAGAAGAAGAAGAUACGCACUCGUGUUAUCAAGAAGGUUAAGGGUGACAAACAAGAAGUUACCAAGAUCGAAACCGUCGAGGAGGAUGACAAAGAACCUGAGACAACUGUCACAGUCGAAGAGGUUCCUGUGGAAGAAGAACAGCCUGAAGAAAUCAAGGAGCUUCCAGAGGAAGUUCGUGUGGUUGAAACUAUCACCGAAGACGGCAAGCCAAAGAAGAAGAAGAUACGCACUCGUGUUAUCAAGAAGGUUAAGGGUGACAAACAAGAAGUUACCAAGAUCGAAACCGUCGAGGAGGAUGACAAAGAGCCAGAGACAACUGUCACCGUGGAAGAGGUUCCUUUGGAAGAAGAACAGCCUGAAGAAAUCAAGGAGCUUCCAGAGGAAGUUCGUGUGGUUGAAACUAUCACCGAAGACGGCAAGCAAAAGAAGAAGAAGAUACGCACUCGUGUUAUCAAGAAGGUUAAGGGUGACAAACAAGAAGUUACCAAGAUCGAAACCGUCGAGGAGGAUGACAAAGAACCAGAGACAACUGUCACAGUGGAAGAGGUUCCUGUGGAAGAAGAACAGCCUGAAGAAAUCAAGGAGCUUCCAGAGGAAGUUCGUGUGGUUGAAACUAUCACCGAAGACGGCAAGCCAAAGAAGAAGAAGAUACGCACCCGUGUUAUCAAGAAGGUUAAGGGUGACAAACAAGAAGUUACCAAGAUCGAAACCGUCGAGGAGGAUGACAAAGAACCAGAGACAACUGUCACAGUGGAAGAGGUUCCUGUGGAAGAAGAACAGCCUGAAGAAAUCAAGGAGCUUCCAGAGGAAGUUCGUGUGGUUGAAACUAUCACCGAAGACGGCAAGCCAAAGAAGAAGAAGAUACGCACUCGUGUUAUCAAGAAGGUUAAGGGUGACAAACAAGAAGUUACCAAGAUCGAAACCGUCGAGGAGGAUGACAAAGAGCCAGAGACAACUGUCACCGUGGAAGAGGUUCCUUUGGAAGAAGAACAGCCUGAGGAAAUCAAGGAGCUUCCAGAGGAAGUUCGUGUGGUUGAAACUAUCACCGAAGACGGCAAGCCAAAGAAGAAGAAGAUACGCACCCGUGUUAUCAAGAAGGUUAAGGGUGACAAACAAGAAGUUACCAAGAUCGAAACCGUCGAGGAGGAUGACAAAGAGCCAGAGACAACUGUCACCGUGGAAGAGGUUCCUGUGGAAGAAGAACAGCCUGAAGAAAUCAAGGAGCUUCCAGAGGAAGUUCGUGUGGUUGAAACUAUCACCGAAGACGGCAAGCCAAAGAAGAAGAAGAUACGCACUCGUGUUAUCAAGAAGGUUAAGGGUGACAAACAAGAAGUUACCAAGAUCGAAACCGUCGAGGAGGAUGACAAAGAACCUGAGACAACUGUCACAGUUGAAGAGGUUCCUGUGGAAGAAGAACAGCCUGAAGAAAUCAAGGAGCUUCCAGAGGAAGUUCGUGUGGUUGAAACUAUCACCGAAGACGGCAAACCAAAGAAGAAGAAGAUACGCACUCGUGUUAUCAAAAAGAUUAAGGGUGACAAACAAGAGGUUACCAAGAUCGAAACCGUCGAGGAGGAUGACAAAGAACCUGAGACAACUGUCACAGUCGAAGAGGUUCCUGUGGAAGAAGAACAGCCUGAAGAAAUCAAGGAGCUUCCAGAGGAAGUUCGUGUGGUUGAAACUAUUACCGAAGACGGCAAGCCUAAGAAGAAGAAGAUACGCACUCGUGUUAUCAAGAAGGUAAAGGGUGACAAACAAGAAGUUACCAAGAUCGAAACCGUCGAGGAGGAUGACAAAGAACCAGAGACAACUGUCACCGUGGAAGAGGUUCCUUUGGAAGAAGAACAGCCUGAAGAAAUCAAGGAGCUUCCAGAGGAAGUUCGUGUGGUUGAAACUAUCACCGAAGACGGCAAGCCUAAGAAGAAGAAGAUACGCACUCGUGUUAUCAAGAAGGUUAAGGGUGACAAACAAGAAAUCACUAAAAUCGAAACUGUCGAAGAAGAGGACAAGAAGCCCGAAACCACUAUUACUGUCGAAGAAGCUGACAUAAAGAGUCCUUUUGGAAAAAAGGUUAACUUAAAGAAAAGGGUUGUUGUUCAUAAACCUGAGGACGAUAUAUCUGUUUUUGAAUUGCCUGAAAGAAAAUCGGUAAUUCUGUCUGCAAAAGACGAUGGUACUCCCACCAAAACUGUCAUUAAGACCAAAAUUAUUAAAAAGGUGCAAGGGACUAAUAUGGAAGUUACCAAAAUUCAAACAGUCGAGGAAUUUGAAAAACCACCGCAGACAAAGGUAACAGUCGAAAAUUUUGACGCACCUUUCCCAGAUCUUCCUGAAGAGAAACUUACAGAAGUUGUUGUUCUGCCCGAUGAAGUUUUUGAGUCUGAAAUUAUUGACAAAGAUGGUAUGCAAAAAGUUCAAAAAACUAAAAAACGAGUCAUUAAGAAACCAAAAGAUGAAUUUUUGGAAGAAGUAACGGAAAUUGAUAUUACUGAACAAGAUUCUGGAGAACCAAUUUAUAGGAUAUCUAUCAAUGAUCUACCGAUUACAGAGCCUAUAGAAAUUGGAAAUACAUCGGUUGAGUUACCAGAACAAGUGUCUGAACUUGAAGUCACGUCUCCCGAUGGCUCUAAGAAAAAGAAAACCAUUAAAACAAGAUCAUUUAAAACAAAAAUUGAUGAUAAAUAUGAUGAAGUUACUACCGUGAAUACUGUUGAAGAGGAAAACAUGGAACCAAUUACAAGUGUGCACGUUGAAAUUGUCCCAGUCGAUGAAAAUUCUACAGAACCAAUUCCUAUUGAGGAGUUGCCAGAAGAAAUUAUUGUUACUGAAGACAUAGCUGACAAUAAGAAGCCAAGAAAGAAAACAACAAAAACUCGAACAUUCAAAAAACAAGGUCCAGAUGACGAUGAAUAUUAUCAAAUACAAACUAUAGAAGAAGAAGGCAAAGAGCCAUUCUCUUUGAUACGCGUUGUUAGUGAUGAAAAUAUUGCCGAUAUUAUUGACAUCAGUAAGCUCGAUGAUGAACAACUUCCCACACACAAAAAACAAAAGCCACACAAACAUAAGGCGGAGAAACAACAACCCGAACACACUGAAACGGAACACCCAGCUUACAUAACAACAUUUAAAUCUGUACAAAACGAAGAUGGGGAAACCACAAUACAAACUGAAAAUAAAAAAGUUUCUCAGGAGGAAGGAAUCGUUGUUGAGGAAGUGCUCAGUGAUACUGAGCCUCUAAUGGAAGACACGAAACAGUCAAAUAUUGAAAUUGUUGAAGUCAGCGAGCCAACAGACCAAUACAACAAAGAGUACACUAUCACAGAACCAGAAGAUGCAAUUGCAGAUAACACCAUACAAACACCGACCAAAGUAAAGAAGCCCAAACAGAAAAAGACACAACCAGACCAAUUUGAACAGAUUGACGAGACCGGGGAAGUUGAGGGGGGCUCAGGGGAAACAGACGACAAACCAAAACCGAAACGUAAGCCUAAGAUGGUUAAAGUUGUAGUAGAUGAUGAUCAGGGUGAGAAGGGUACUGCUGAUGAACAAGAGCCAAAGAAAGAAAAACCAAAGAAAAAGAAGGCGGUUAAAUCGAAGCGGGAUGAGAUGGAUGAUUAUAUACAGUUUUUGAUACACCAGGAAAUUCCGAAAACAGUCUUGCAGCCAUAUGUGCGCACGGAUAUGGAACAUCCACAAAGGGCUCGCAGAGACUCGUCUAUAAAACCAAUGAAGCUAACUGCUAUAAAAAUUGAGAAAGUGGAAAUUAAAAAACCAAAAAUGAUUGAAAUAAGCUCAGUAGUCGAAUUUCCGCAAAUGCUCAAGCUCAAAACUCCGAAACAAAGACCACAAGAGGAAAAGAAAUCUAACGAAGCAUCCUUUAAAAACAAGAAACUUAAGAGCUGGAUAAGGUUUAUACCAUUUGCACCAUACUGCUUCCCGUAUACAGUAAUGGAACUGGAAACCAUUCGCGAUAAUGGUGAGCUCUCUCGCAAUAUAGAAGAAGCAGAGGAAGUUUUGAAAAAGCGUCCAAAAAAAUUCAAGCACCCAAAGCCUAUAAAAACAGAACUAGAAGAAUUAGAUUUGGGAUCAUUUGAUGAUGAGAGUAAACCAGUUGAUGAAACUCCAGAAAAACCGAAGUACAAACGAGGUAAAAAGGAUAAAAAUCAACAAGAAGAUGAAAAUAGAAAAUUGAAAAUGGGCAAGGGUAAAGUUCCGGAAAAUAUUGAAUCUACUGAAACCGUCCAACUUAAACCCGUAAAGACUGAUGCCGAUACUGAGGACAUAAUUGAAAAGCCCAAAGAAACGUCGGAAGAGAAGAAACCGAAAAAGAAGGCAAAGAAACCCACAGAGACGGAUGAUAAAUUUGGCUUUGAACCCCAUAUGAGUGAUAUCGAAAAUGAGGAGACGGAACCGAAACCAUUCUUUACAUUUGAGGUGAUUGAAUUAGAGUCAGAAGAUAAACCAGAAGAAAGAAAUGAAAACAUCGGCGCUCCUACAAAGGAACCAAAGAAAAAGCGCAAACUAAAGCUUAAGACUGAAUUGGAGGAAAAUAUUGUUGAGAUAGUGGAAGUUUCUCCAAAUGAGAGCGAGGAUAAACUAUAUGAAGUGACAGUAACUUGUUUAGAAAUUGAAGAAGAUCAACCAAAGGGAAAGAAAGUGCUUAAGAAGAAAGUUAAGAGAAUGAAUAAGGAACAAUUGGAUGACUUCAUUUCCGAAUUAAAAGAAGAGCCGGAACAGAAUUUCUACGAAACUAGUAUAUCUGACUUUUACGAAGUCAAAUUGACUGAACUGGAACCAGAAGUGAUUCCUGAUGAUAAAACUCCUGAAAAUACUAAGAAGCGUAGAAUCUUGCAUAAGCGGGGAGAGAAGGAAGAGAUUCUAGAAAUUAUUGAAACUAUUCCUAUAGGAGACGAGGAGCCAUUGUAUGAGGUACAAAUAAAGUCAAUGGAACCAGAGGACGAAAUUGAUACUCAAAAGACUGUUGAAAGGCCUAAAACAAAAACCAAGAAGAUGAAGAAGAAUGAUCUGGAUGCAUAUAUACAGCAGCUAAUAAAUGCAGAGAUUCCAAUAACUGAAUUGGAGAAAUAUGAAAAGACUGAUAUAGAUGCCAAGCCAAAGAAACCAAAGAAGCCUAAGAACAAGCCAAAAGAAUCGCCGGUCGACGAAGGCGAGUCUUUUGAAGUGGGUAUUAUGCAGGAAGAACCGAUUAAAAAACCAAAAGUCAAGAGGCCCAAAUCUCAACCUAAAGUUGAAGAGGAAUUAAUAACCGAACCAGAAACUAUUGUUGAGCAUGAACAGUUCACAAUUAGCACGAUUGACUCACAGCCAACUCCACAGGAAAUUAUGGAAGAGAAUACGGAAGAAGUAACCCAAGAUGUGGACGACAUAAUAAUGGCUAUAGGGGAGACUUUCCCCAUCGUUGUAUUCGAGGAAUACACUGAGACCGUUCCUGAAUUAGGUGAAGAAGUCGAAAAACCUGAAACUAAAUUAACUAAAAAACGUAAAGUAAAAGCUAGGAAGGGUUCCAAACAGUAUGAAAUUCAAAUCGUUGAAACUCAAACUCCAGAUGAUAAUACCGAUGAAGCUAAGGUUAUUGUUAUAACAACCGAAAUUGUUGAAGAAAGUUCUGAUGUACCAAGGGAGGAGCAGCCCGAAACACCUAAGAAAAUUGUAAGAAAGGUGAAAAAGGAUAAGCUCAAGGAAUACAUCGUCAGCGUUAUUGAUGAGGUACCAACAGAACUUUUGGCCGGAAUUUCGGAAGAUACAUCUGCAGUGUCUGAAAUAAAAUCUUUAGACGAAUAUGAUAUCACAAGUUUCAAAACAACAGUUGUUGAGGAUGAUUCCGAAGAUAUUGUACGGCCUGUAGAAGAUGUGCCUGAUACUCCAAGCAGCAAGCCAAAGGAUAAAAAGAAGAAAUCUUCUAAGCCGAAGAAAGUCACAAUAAUUGAAGAUGAGCCGGUACAGAGCGGAGACGAAACGAAUCAAGAUGAAUAUCUUAUUGAAGAAACUGAAACAUCCACAACGCCAUCACAUGAUGAGUAUUCAAUUAAACAAACCGAAAGUGUACCCAAACCAAAGAAAAAGGUGACGAAGAAAAUAAUCGAAGAGCCAGUGACUGUUCCGAUUUCGGAAUAUACAAUACGCAUUGAGGAGCUAGCUCCUGAAACUAUAACAGAACAAGUCAUCAAUGACCAAGGAGAGGAAGUUGAAAAGGUAACAACUAAGCGCAGACUUAAGAAGAAGGAUGGUGCAAAAGAAUAUCUAAUAGAAGUAAUUGAAACAUACGAAGAAAACAAACCCGAAGCGGAAUUGGUUAUUGAGACUACAGAAAUAUUACCUGAAUCAGAAUCUCAAACACCUACUGAUCACAAAAUUAAAAUUGUCAAAAAGAAAAAGCCGAAAGCGGAAAAACUUGACACUUAUAUUCAACAGUUAAUAGAAGAAGAAAUUCCAAAUGAAGAAGUGGGUAUCGUUGAAACAACUAUAUCGGAUUCAACUCCGGAGUCAAAGAAACCAAAGAAGAUAAAGAAGCAUCACAAAAAAACCACGGAGAUAGUUGAUGGUGUUCCUCAUACUGUCUAUGAAUUUACCAUACAAGAGUUUGAGUCAGAAGAAGACCAAGUUCCUGCAUUCGUAACGAAAGUUGAGGACGAUGAUACUCCGGAACCGCAGACUGAGGAUCUCGAAAUCAAGGUGACAGACGAACAUCCCAAGCAUAAGCCAAAGAAGGAAAAGAAAUCUAAGGUGGCAGUUGUCGACCAGGAACCAGUCAGUAUUGAAGAUAUUGCGGAAACAGUGGAAGUUACAAAGGUAGUGGAAGACGACGGUACAACCAAAGAAGUUCAAGUUAAAAAGCGUAAGGUCGUACGGAAGCAAGGUCCAAAGGAACAUGUUUUCGAAAUAACGGAAACUUCUACUAAUGAAGAGCCUCUGGCAGAAGUUACUAUCGUUGAGAUUACUGAAGAUGAAAAACCCAGUGAGACAGAAAGUCAACCUGAGAAACCUAAGUCACCAAUCAAAAAACCAAAGAAACUCAAGCGUGAGGACGUCGAAAACUAUGUGAUUAAUGUAGUGGAAGAGUUUACAGAGCCAUUAGAAAAGCCGGAAGAGGAAAUUCCCUUCGAAGAGUUUGAGGACACUCCAGAACAACCCAAGCAUAAGCCAAAGAAGGAAAAGAAAUCGAAGGUAGCAGUUGUCGACCAGGAACCAGUCAGUAUUGAAGAUAUUGCGGAAACAGUGGAAGUUACCAAGGUAGUGGAAGACGACGGUACAACCAAAGAAGUUCAAGUUAAAAAGCGUAAGGUCGUACGGAAGCAAGGUCCAAAGGAACAUGUUUUCGAAAUAACGGAAACUUCUACUAAUGAAGAGCCUCUGGCAGAAGUUACUAUCGUUGAGAUUACUGAAGAUGAAAAACCCAGUGAGACAGAAAGUCAACCUGAGAAACCUAAGUCACCAAUCAAAAAACCAAAGAAACUCAAGCGUGAGGACGUCGAAAACUAUGUGAUUAAUGUAGUGGAAGAGUUUACAGAGCCAUUAGAAAAGCCGGAAGAGGAAAUUCCCUUCGAAGAGUUUGAGGAGACUCCAGAACAACCCAAGCAUAAGCCAAAGAAGGAAAAGAAAUCGAAGGUAGCAGUUGUCGACCAGGAACCAGUCAGUAUUGAAGAUAUUGCGGAAACAGUGGAAGUUACCAAGGUAGUGGAAGACGACGGUACAACCAAAGAAGUUCAAGUUAAAAAGCGUAAGGUCGUACGGAAGCAAGGUCCAAAGGAACAUGUUUUCGAAAUAACGGAAACUUCUACUAAUGAAGAGCCUCUGGCAGAAGUUACUAUCGUUGAGAUUACUGAAGAUGAAAAACCCAGUGAGACAGAAAGUCAACCUGAGAAACCUAAGUCACCAAUCAAAAAACCAAAGAAACUCAAGCGUGAGGACGUCGAAAACUAUGUGAUUAAUGUAGUGGAAGAAUUUACAGAGCCAUUAGAAAAGCCGGAAGAGGAAAUUCCCUUCGAAGAGUUUGAGGACACUCCAGAACAACCCAAGCAUAAGCCAAAGAAGGAAAAGAAAUCGAAGGUAGCAGUUAUCGACCAGGAACCAGUCAGUAUUGAAGAUAUUGCGGAAACAGUGGAAGUUACCAAGGUAGUGGAAGACGACGGUACAACCAAAGAAGUUCAAGUUAAAAAGCGUAAGGUCGUACGGAAGCAAGGUCCAAAGGAACAUGUUUUCGAAAUAACGGAAACUUCUACUAAUGAAGAGCCUCUGGCAGAAGUUACUAUCGUUGAGAUUACUGAAGAUGAAAAACCCAGUGAGACAGAAAGUCAACCUGAGAAACCUAAGUCACCAAUCAAAAAACCAAAGAAACUCAAGCGUGAGGACGUCGAAAACUAUGUUAUUAAUGUAGUGGAAGAGUUUACAGAGCCAUUAGAAAAGCCGGAAGAGGAAAUUCACUUCGAAGAGUUUGAGGAGACUCCAGAACAACCCAAGCAUAAGCCAAAGAAGGAAAAGAAAUCGAAGGUAGCAGUUGUCGACCAGGAACCAGUCAGUAUUGAAGAUAUUGCGGAAACAGUGGAAGUUACAAAGGUAGUGGAAGACGACGGUACAACCAAAGAAGUUCAAGUUAAAAAGCGUAAGGUCGUACGGAAGCAAGGUCCAAAGGAACAUGUUUUCGAAAUAACGGAAACUUCCACUAAUGAAGAGCCUUUGGCAGAAGUUACUAUCGUUGAGAUUACUGAAGAUGAAAAACCCAGUGAGACAGAAAGUCAACCUGAGAAACCUAAGUCACCAAUCAAAAAACCAAAGAAACUCAAGCGUGAAGACGUCGAAAACUAUGUGAUUAAUGUAGUGGAAGAGUUUACAGAGCCAUUAGAAAAGCCGGAAGAGGAAAUUCCCUUCGAAGAGUUUGAGGAGACUCCAGAACAACCCAAGCAUAAGCCAAAGAAGGAAAAGAAAUCGAAGGUAGCAGUUGUCGACCAGGAACCAGUCAGUAUUGAAGAUAUUGCGGAAACAGUGGAAGUUACCAAGGUAGUGGAAGACGACGGUACAACCAAAGAAGUUCAAGUUAAAAAGCGUAAGGUCGUACGGAAGCAAGGUCCAAAGGAACAUGUUUUCGAAAUAACGGAAACUUCUACUAAUGAAGAGCCUUUGGCAGAAGUUACUAUCGUUGAGAUUACUGAAGAUGAAAAACCCAGUGAGACAGAAAGUCAACCUGAGAAACCUAAGUCACCAAUCAAAAAACCAAAGAAACUCAAGCGUGAAGACGUCGAAAACUAUGUGAUUAAUGUAGUGGAAGAGUUUACAGAGCCAUCAGAAAAAACUGAAGAUGUUAUCCAAGUUGAGGAAAUUCCCUUGGAAGAUGUUGAAGAUGAAGUUUCACAAAUCAAGCCAAAAACGACUAAGCCUAAAAAACCUAGCAAGAAACCUGUGGAGCGCACUAUUCGUAUUGAAGAACUUGCUCCUGAAACGACAAUCGAAGAUAUCGUAAAUGAAGAAGGAGAAGAGGUUAAGCAAGUCAAAACUACGAAAAAACUUAAGAAAAAGGAAGGACCGAAAGAGUAUUUGAUUGAAAUAACCGAAACCUAUCAAGAAAAUAAGCCUGAAGCUGACAUUGAAGUGACUACCAUCGAAUUACCUGUAGACGAUGCCACGCUGGAAGAAGAACAGCCAGUAAAAGUAGUUCAGAAAAUGAAAAAGAAGAAGGCAGUUAAGGAUGAUUUAGAUAAAUACAUUCAAGAGCUUAUUGAUCAGGAAAUCACAAAAACUGAUCUUGAGCAAUAUGAGCCAACGGAUAUCGAAACGAAGCCCAAGCCUAAGAAAAAGGUCAAGACUCAUCACAAAAAGAGUGUGGAAAUAAUCGAUGGUCUCCCCGUUACCGUUCAUGAGUUUGAUGUCUCGGAAAUAGUACCUGAGCUUAUAGAAGAAGAUAAACAAUCUGUUAUAUCGGAUAUUACAGACGAUGCUCCCUUGGAGCCAGAGGAACAAACCAAAUAUUUAGUUAAUGUUUUGGACGAAAUCUUAGAGCCUACACAAUACACUGAAGAGAUCACUGACAUACAGACAAUAGAACCUAAAAAAGAAAAGACACCAAAAAAGAAAAAGGUUGAUAAAGUCCCGAUAGUCUUAGAUGAAAUAGCAGAAUCCACCGAAAUUGUACAGCAGCCUACUAAAGAUGGUGUUCUGAAAGAAGUUACUGUUAAGAAACGUAAGGUUAUGCAUAGGAAGGGUUCCAAGCAAAGUGUGUUUGAGAUAACCGAAACUACUAGCGACGAUCAACCCAUGGCUGAAGUAACAGUCGUUGAGCUCACGGAAAAUAAGCCAUCCAUUCCUGAUGAAACACCAAUCGUUGAACAAAAAGUAAUAAAGAAGCCUAAAAAACUGAAAAAGGACGAUGUACAGGAAUAUAUUAUAAAUGUUAUUGACGAGUUUGAGCAAGAAUUCCCUGAUAAAACGAUCACAGAAGAAGUAAAGGAAAUCGCUGAAGACAAGCCGAAGAAGUCUAAAAAGUCUCCAAAGGAAUAUAAAUUCAGUGAGCAUGAAGAAAUUGAGCAUGAAAAGCCUCAAAUGGAAGAUAUGGUGGAUGAGGUACCGGUAGAGGAAACUCAGGAAACCCCAGAAGAACAUACUGAAUACACAAUAGGUGUUAAGGAUGAAGCCACAACUGAGGACAAAAAACCCAAAAAGCCGAAAAAGCUCACAACGCCGAAGUCAAUCAUAAGCACGGAGUCGGAUGAAAAUGAAGACUAUAUUGUAAAGGUAUCCUCAACAGACAAACCAGAGGUGAUCGAGCACCCAGAGCCUGAAUUUGUGUUACCAGAAUCAGAAGAGGUAGAGCCAACAGAAGAACCAAUUUUCAAAAUAGAAGAAAUCGAAACCCUACCAGAAAUUGUUGAAGAACAAGACGAUCAUGGCGAAACAACAAAGAAUGUCGUAACUAAACGUAAAAUCAGAAAGCAAGUGGGCCCCAAAGAAGAUAUAAUAGAAAUUGUCGAAACUUUAAAGGAUGGAGUGCCAGAAUAUGAAGUCACGGUAACUACACAAGAAGCAGAAAAACAAGUCGAAAAAAUUCCAGAACAAGAAAAGCCAAAGAAGGUAAAGAAAACUAAAAAGGUUGCAAAGGACGAUAUACAUGAUUAUAUACAAAAACUAAUUGAACAGGAUAUACCUAAAUCAGAAUUGGAGAAAUAUGAAAAGAUAGAUAUUGAUGAACCAGUGAAAAUGAAAAAGAAGAAACCUGUAAAGAAUAUUAAAAUUACAGAAGAACAACCAGAGGACAUCGUUACAGAAUCAAUUUCAGAAGUACCUGAAGAAAAAACUCGUCCAUUAGAAAGCACUGAGGAAGAAACAAAAUUGAUGGUAAAAAUAAAAGAAUUUGAAGCACCAAAGCCAAAAGAACCAGGCUUUGAAGUUACAAUUCUGGAAGAAUUUGUUGAAAAUCAGCCGAUUCCCGAUGAGGAGGGCGAAAUCAAAAUAAAGGAAGUCAAAACAAAAAAAAUAAAGCAUAAAAAGGGUCCGGAAGAGAUAAUUCAUGAAAUAACAGUUGUUCACGAUAAGGAUACAGAUGAAUCCGAAGUUACUAUCGUUACUUCAAGUCCAAACGAAACCAAAGAUCAAACUGAAGUUACAGUAAAGCAAAAACGUACCAAAAAAAUUAAAAAGGAUGAUAUCGAUGAUUUCAUUAAAACAGUGAUUGACGAAGAUGUGCCAAAGGAAGAGCCUUCUGAUGUUGUUAAUAUUAUCGAGGAUACAGCGCCUAAGCAAGCUGUUGAAAAACCAAAGAAAAUCAAAAAGAAGGAGAAAGUACCAACGUUAGAAGACGAGUCAACGCCGGCAGAUAAAAUAGAUGUUGUCGAAUACCAGCCCGAAAAAGAACCAAGUGAAGAAGCUGUGGUUGAAGUGGUGGAAGAAGUUCCCAGCAUCGAAUCUGAUCUAGAAGUUGAAGUACCUGAAGCCGUCAAAGUACCUGAGAAAAAGAAAAAGCCUUCAAAACAAAAGGUUAAAGUUCUUGAAGAGAAACCUGUGGAAGAAACCGGUGAUAAGCCGUUGGAUAUUGUAGAAAAGGAGUCUGAUGUUGAAGAGCCAGAAGAGAAAAAAUAUAAUGUUACUUUCAUGGAAGAAGAAACUAAGCCGGAGGAAAGGUUGGAAAAGAAGCCGAAAAAGGUUAAGGGAGAACAGCGUCAACCAGAAGAAUUAACUUACGAAAUAUCUGUAAAAGAAAGUAUCGUACAACCCGAAGACCUUCCGUUUACGGUGGAAAUUAUAGAAAGUGAAACGAAAGCAGAAGAAACCACAGACGAUGCUGGCGAGGUCCAUACGGUUGUUACAACAAAACGUAAGAUUAAGCGCCCAAAGGGAACAACUAACGAAGUUAUUGAAAUCAUUGAAGUAGUAACUGAUGAUCAGCCUGAUGCGGAAAUCACUAUUGUGGAAUACGAGCCAGAACAACCGCAUGAAGAAGAAAAACCGAAGGAACCCAAAAAGAAAACAAAGAAAGUCAAAAAGGAUGAUAUUCAUGAUUACAUACAAAAACUUAUAGACAUGGAAACUCCCAAAGCUGAACUAGAGAAAUAUGAGAAAAUUGAGUUCGAAUCAACACCUAAAGAAAAACCAACUAAAACUGAACCCGUUAAAGUAUCAGAGGAUUCUCCAACUGAAAAACCAUUGAAAGACAAAAAGCCUAAGACAAAGGAAUCGCCAAAGGUAGAAGAAUCCUUACCAGAACCAUUGGCUGAAAUUAAGAUUAUCGAACAGGAAAUAUUGGAAGAGCCUAACGUGCUGGAAGUUGUAGAAAUACAACCGGAAGAAGUACAAAUCACAGAAAAAAUUACUGACGAAGGCCACCCAGUUCAAGAGAAAACAACUAAGCGAGUAUUGAAAAAGAAGGGACCUAAAGAGGACACCACCUUUAAAAUUACAACAAUUGAAAGUGAUGAUAUGGAUACCGUUACUGUUAUUGUCGACGAAGAACCAGAAGUAGUACCAGUUGAAUCAAUCGAAGUUCAACAAGAAGAGCCAAAGGAAGAAAAACCAAAACCAAAGCCAAAGAAAUCUGUAAAGAAGGUUAAAAAGGAUGAUUUAGAUGAUUACGUUAAAAAACUCUUGGAGGAAGAUAUACCAAAGACCGAAAUGGAGGUGUAUGAAAAAACUGAAAUGCCAGAAAAACCUAAAGAUAGUGGGCCAACAGAAAGUGUUCCAGCAGAGGUAAAAUCGGACGAGCCUGAAAAACCAUUAGCAGUUCUUGACUCAACCAAACCUAAAAAGACCAAAACGCCUAAGCAAAAACCAUUUGACAUAACUGAACAAACACAAGACAAACCAACAGAAGAGACUACUUUAGAGACUGAAGACGUAACGGAAGGUACACCAACUCAAAUUGCACACCCCGAGGACACAGCCACUGCACAAAUUACACCAAGCGCACAAGAUGAGAUAUCUACUCAAGAUGACACUAAAGAAACAGUUCAAAAAACAGUUAAACAUAAGAAAGCUAAGCCAGACACAGUUAAAAGCGUUGAAACAAGUGAAGCACCAGAAGCUUAUGAGGAUUAUCACAUAAGCAUAAUCGAAGAAGAGCCCGUUGAAAUAAAAGAGCAGCCCGACAAAAUCUUGGAGGUUCGAGUUAUCGAUGAAUUUGCUGAAAUCGAGGAGUCUCAACCCAUCGACGAAGAAGUCGAUGAGGAGGAUAAACAACCGACAGCCGAGGAACCUAUGGAGGACGUCACGAAGCCAAAGUCAAAGAAGAAGAAGAUUGUGAAAAAGAAGACCAAUGAACACGAUGACAUAAUUCAAAAGUUGCUUGAACAAGAAAUUGAGAAAACGGAGUUGGAAAAAUAUGAAAAGGUCGAAUUUGAUUUACCCAAGAAACUGAAACCAGAAUUCGCUACUCUAGAGCCAAUGAAAAUUGAAAGGAAAGAACAGAAGCCCACAAAGGUUACAAUAGUUGAGGCCGCAGAUGUUCCCAAGACGGUGAAGUUGAAGCCCAGCAAACGUAAGGAAAAACCAGCUGAAGAACAAACGAUGCAGCUCCCUAAAUUCAGACUUAAGGCACGCAUGGAAAUAGUUGAGUAUCCGCCAGCACCAAUUGUACCAAAGAUGACCGAGAUUGGAUCAAUAAAGCAGAAUGGUGACCUCUCACGCAACAUUGAGGAAGCGGAAGCGCUACUCAAGUUUAAGCCACAAAAGACAAAGAAAAUAAAGAAAAUAAAGGAUGACUUAGAGAAGGUGGAGCUUGAGAAGUAUGAGAAAUAUGUUAGUAGUGAGGAGGAGCCCGAGGAAAAGCAACCAUAUCAGAAACCUGAAAAGGUGCCAAAACCAGAGGAAAGUCCUGACGAAGUUAAACUUAAGAUUGGUAAGGGCAAAAAGAAGCCAAAAGAAGAAGAUGCACCUGAAAAUGUUACGCUCAAAAAGAUACCACAGAAGCCCAUUGAAAGUGAAGAAGAAAUUGAGAAGAAACCGAAAGAAAAGGAUGUGGUUAUUACAGAGGAACAACCAAAGCUGCCAAAAGAACAAGAUAUUCAGGUGGAGCCAUUUGAACCAAUUGAUUAUGAGCGGCCCGAGUAUGUCCCUGAGGAACUUGAGCAAGUGGAACAACCUGAAAAGCCAGAAAAGCAAAAGAAGCCAAGUAAAACCAAAUACAAGCCAAAAGAAAAAUCAAAACCAGAGCAGGAUACGGAAAUUACUCAUAUUGUUCCCGGAAAACCCAAAGAACAAGAAGAUGUGCCCGAAGAAGAAAUUAAGUUCCGCAAGCCAGAAAGUGUGGCACCAGAGGAGACUGACUCUCAGAUUAAAUUAAAACCAUUUAAAAAGCCUUCUGAAGAACCAUUAGAGGAAGACGUUACUGUAAAGGCAACAGUCGAGGAACCAAAGCCUGAAGAAAAGGUAACCAAACCUCAAGAUGAAGUUAAAAAACCGAAGAAGUCAAAAUCUAAGCCCGUACAACAACAAGAAGAAGAAACGACUACAGAGGAAAAACCAGAAUUUGAAAUUUCUGUUAAGGAAGAAGAAGCUACCAUUGAAAAGAUUGAAGAUGUUGAGAAGCCCAAAGAAGUUAAGGUAAAACAAAAGAAACCAAAAGAAGUUCCUGUAGCAGAAGUCGAAAUCAUCGAAGAAGUCCCUCAGCCAGUAGAAGUACCUGAAGACAUCCCAGUUGAGUACAAAAUUACAACAACUGUCUUAGAGCCUGAAGAAGCCCCGAAAGAACAUCAAGUCAGAGUAGUUGAUUUCGAUGAAAGGGAAGUAACUACUGAGGAGGUUGUCGAAGAAAAGGUUGUAACCAGAAAGAAGAAACCUAAGCCAGAGCAGCUAGAAGAAUUUGAGGUCAGACUACAAGAGCCAAAAGAAAUUUUACCAGAGCCUGAAGAGGCAACUGCUGAAAUGGUGAUACCUGUUCAGAAACCCGAAGAAGAAAGUGAACACUUUGAAGUCGAAUUAAAAUUAACGGAGCCACAGCCGCAGGAGCAAGAAGUCAUUGUAAAGAAGAAGCCGAAAAAGAAGCCUGUGGAAGAUGUGAAGGAAGUGGAACAGGAUGUGGUGAAGCAAGUAGAGGUUCAACCUGAGGACCAGAAAGUGGAAGAGAUUGUUCAAGAAGAAGAAGAGGAGAAGGUUGAAGAAACGAAGCCGAAAUCUUUCGAAUUCCAAGUGACUGAAACAGAGGCCCCUCAAAUGAAACCAGCAGAAAUAAUUGAAGAAAAACCAAAAGACAAGGCCAAAAAGCCGGCACCUAAAUUGGUUGAGCAAUUUGAUUCUUACGAAAUUUCUGUUAAGGAAUCUCUCGUAGAAAAAGUAAUUGAGCAGACAGAGCAGCCGGAUGAAGAUGUUCCUGAAGAAGUUAUGAUUACUCCAAGAUCAAAAGAAGCAGAACCAGUGGAAGCGGAGUUCGUAAUGACGGAACCAACGCCUACCGAAGAGAGUAAUGUUGAAGCUGAAAUCAAACCAAAGAAAACCAAGAAGCCCAAGAAAACUGAGGAAGUUGCUAGUCAUGACAUAAAGGUUGUUGAAGAAGUACCCGUUCCUGAAGAAAAAAUAGUUGAAGCUCCGCAAGUUGAAGUUGUCGAAAAGGAAACAGUUCCGACUGAAGAAAUACCAGAAGAAUAUGCUAUUCGAGUAUCAGAAACGGAAGCUGAGCAACCAGACGAACCAACUGUUGCAGCAUUUACUGUUAAGAAGCCAAAGCCAUCCAUCGUUGCCGCUGAAGAACCAGAAGCCGAGUUUGUUUUGAAAGAGAGCAAACCCGUGGAAGAAAUUACAGAAGUUGCAGAAAUAAAGACAAAGAAACCCAAAAAGAAAGUGAAGGAAGUUGAGGCGGAUGAAUUAAAGAUUCAGAUCACCGAAGAAAUUCCACACGAAGUUCCAGUGGUUGAGGAAAUAGAAGAGGUUGUGACAGAAUUCAAGGAAAAGGAAGCGUCUGUCGAAUAUAAGUCGUAUGAAAUUGGUGUGAAAGAGACAGUACCUGAAAGACCUAUCGAAGAAGUAACGGUAGAAGAGCCAUUGAAAGAAGAGCCUGCAGUUGAAGAGAAAACUCCUUAUAUUGAACAUAAGACUUAUGAAAUUGGUGUGAAAGAGAUAGAACUUGAAAAGCCUAUUGAAGAAGCCCCAAUUGAAGAACCGUUGGUCGAAGAGCCGAUUGUCGAUGAGCCAAAGCCUGAAGACAUUGAAGAACUCAAGGUCCGAGUAAUUGAAGAAACACCACGUGAAAUUGUUGAGGAAGUUCUCGAAGAAAGUGUUAAAGUUCACCGCAAGAAGAAGCCAAAACCAGAAGUUACAGAAGAGCCAGAAGCCCAAGUAACUGUUACUACUCCAAAGCCUGUUGAUGAAGUGGAAGCCGUCCAAAGCAUUUCCAUUGUUCCAGAAAUUCCUACCGAAGAAGAAGCUGCAGAGCUCAAGAUAACUGUUAUUGAUGAAGUAUCUCAGCCACAAGAGCUCGUUCAGGAGAUUGAAGAAAUCGAGACGGUGGAAGAGGUUCCUGAAGAAAAGCCCAAAGAUUUUAAGUUUAGCAUAAAAGAGACUGAGGCGCCAAAGGAAACCAUCGAGGAGUUGCCGGAAGAACAAGUUACUAUUCUGAAGAAGAAGAAGAUUCCUGAGCAAAAGGAAACUGUCGAGGAAUUGCCUGAGGAACAGGUGACGAUUCAGAAGAAGAAGAAGAUUCCUCAGCCCGAGGUUGUAGAAGAACCAGAAGCAGUUUUCGAAAUCAAACAGAAACAGCCAGUUGAAGAAGUAACUGAGGAAGCUAAAAUCACGAAGAAGACAAAAAGACCAGUUAAGGAAGAAGAGGCAGCCGCAGAGCUUAAUGUUACUGUGAUCGAAGAUAUAACACCCGAACCAGAAGUAGUUGAAAUCAUCGAAGAAAUUGAAGAGAAGCCGGAAGAGAAGCCAGAAGAAAAGCCGGAAGAAAAACCGAAAGAAAAACAGAAAGACAAGCCGAAAGAAAAGGUGGAAGAAAAGGUGGAAGAAUACAAAUUCGAAAUAAAGGAAAGCCAGCCUGAAGCUCCACAGGUACAGGAGACAGAAGAGGUACAGGAGGUACACUUGCCUAAGAAACCUCUUCAAACAGUUGAACCGGUAGAAGAGCCAGAAGCUGAAGUUACUCUUAAGGCAAAACCAAAGCCUGAAGAGGUUCAGGAGGAAGCUAAAAUAGUAAAGAAAAAACCGAAAAAGCCAGUUGUUGAGGAAGCUGCUGAAGAACUAACCGUUAAAGUUGAAGAAGAAGUUACACCUGAGCCCAUAAUUGUGGAAGAGGAAGUGGUUGAAGAAGUUGAACUUAAGAAGCCAGAAAAGCCAACAUCAGAAGAAACAGAAGAUGUUGCCGCUUUUAAGCUGAAGAAGCCAGCUGCACCUGAAGAAGAGGAUGUGGUGGCUGAGGUUACUCUGAAGCCAAAGAAACCCAAAGAAGUGAAGGAAGAAGAUUUCUCUGUUGAUGUCAAGCUUCCAAAGGAAAAGAAGAUUUCUGAAGAAACACUCGAUGAAACUGUCCAGCUCAAGAAGAAAAAGAAGCCUCAAAAACCAGUGGAAGAAGCUGCAGAUGAAUUACAACUUCAGCAAACUGUUAUUGAAGAGAGGCCAAUUGAGAUUGAAGAGGAAGAAAUCAUUGAAGAAGCUGUUGUAAUGCGAAGGAAACCAAAGAAACCAUUCGAACCGACGGUGGAAGAUCUCGAAGAAACUGAAUUCAGUCUUUCAUUUAAGAAGCCACAUACAGUUACCGAAGGCGUCGAAGAAGCUGCUACUGUUCUUAAGAAACGUCCAAUGAAACCUCAAACCUUGGACGAAGCUGCAGCCGAAUUGUCUAUAAAACGUCUGGAGGAAGAAUAUGAAGAAGGCGAUGACGUUGAAGAGUUCGUGGUUAGUCAACGAGCCAAACCCAAACCUUUGCAAAUUACUGAUGAAGAAGACCAAGAAUACACUCUUAAAAAGCUAAAACGUCGCAAGAAGGUGGACAUUCCAGAGUUCGCUGAUGUUGAAAAUGUUACUUUCCGAGCAAAGACCACAAAGACCAAAGAGGAUGUAGACCAAGAGUUUAAUAUUGCUUUGGACUCCUAUGCUGAAGAGGAAGUGUCAAUGUCUGGAAAAGUGAAACUAAAGAAACCAGUUAAGAAGACUUAUUCUGAAGCAGCUGAUGAGGCAAAGAUCAAAAUCAUUCAAGACUACGAUGACGGUGAAGGACCAAUUAUUGAAGAAAUACAUGACGAUGAAGAUACAAUCGAUGAAGUUGAGGAGCCUGAAGAAUACAUGGUUGAAGAGUUGCCUCCAGAUGAGGUUGACUUCAAGCUGAAACCCAAAAAGCAGCCCAAGCCACACUAUUCAGUCCAAGACGAAGAAGAGGAACAGUUCCUGAUUGGUCUUCGUCAUACCAAACGCGAUUCGGUGACAUACGACGAAGAUUCUUUAACAUUCAAGAAGAAGCGCAAAAUGGUGCAACAGCUAUUCAAUGAAGACGGCGCCUCUCUUAACAUCACCAGAGAAAUGGAUGUGGACGAAUCUCAAACCGAAAACGUUAUGUAUUCGAUUUGCAAUUACAUUGCUGAUAACGAUGAAGCCAUUAAUUUGGUCGAAGGUGAGAAGGUACUGGUAAUUGGACGUCACAGUUCAGAAUGGUGGUAUGUCAAGAAGAGCAUUACGGAUGAGGAAGGAUGGGUGCCUGCUCAAUAUCUAAUGGAACCCGCCGAGUACGCUCAAUAUGUGCAGAAUAAGUUGCACGAAAAGAUUGAUAAGCUACCCGUGUUUGAAAGACCUGGACCUGAAGACAAGCCGAUUGCACCACGUUUCAUUGAAAAACUGCAACCGAUUCAUACACCUGACGGUUAUACCGUGCAAUUUGAAUGCAAGGUUGAAGGUAAUCCAAGACCGCAAAUUGCUUGGUUCCGGGAAACAGCUAUCAUAAAGCCCUCACAGGACUUCCAAAUGUUCUUCGAUGAGGACAAUGUGGCUACAUUGAUAAUUCGCGAAGUCUUCCCCGAAGAUGCCGGCAAAUUCACCUGUGUGGCUAAGAAUGCCGCUGGCUUCACUUCGAGUACAACCGAAUUGAUUGUCGAUAGUCCACUAUCGGAUCACGGUUCGGAUGCCACAGCUUUAUCCCGCAGGAGCAUGUCACGCGAAUCGUCAUUGGCGGACAUACUUGAGGGUAUACCACCAACAUUUUCGCGUAAGCCUAAGGCCCAAUAUGUCGAUGAGGGCACAAAUGUGAUUUUAGAGUGUCGCCUUGUUGCUGUGCCCGAACCUGAGAUCGUUUGGACCUUUAAUGGCGAAGACAUUGAUGAGGAAGAGAUUAAGAACGUUCGAAUUGUCACCGAAUCAGAUAUGCACAUGUAUUGCAGCAUUGUUCACAUUACUAAAGUUAAGAAGUCUCAGGAAGGCAUAUACGAAGUUAUUGCCACAAAUCGCGAAGGCGAAGCUCGUCUGCCCAUCACACUCAAGGUGCGAACUGCUGACAAAGAAGCUCCUCAAAUUCUGGAGCCAUUGCGUAAUAUGGUAAUACGUGAGGGUGAAAGUGUUGUGCUUUCCACACAAAUUGUCGGCAAUCCAGCACCAAAGGUAACAUGGUACAAAGAUGGCAAGCCCAUUAAGGGUGCCAAAUCAGACAAAGAUAUACAUUCGCUCACACUGAUUACACCAAAGAAGUCACAGAAGGGUGAAUACACGGUCAAAGCGGUUAAUCCAUUGGGCAGUGUGGAAACUACUGCAAAUCUAACAAUUGAAGAACCGACUAGCGGUAAUGCAGAGCCUCCAUUAUUUGUGGAACGCUUUGAGGAGCAAUCGGUGCCGCAAAAGGGUGAAAUUCGUUUGCCUGCAAAGGUUUCGGGCAAUCCAGUUCCUGAAGUACAAUGGCUUUUCAACAACAAUCCCUUGUAUCCCAGCGAGCGCGUUCAACAGGUCUAUGAUGGUGAAAAUAUUGAGCUCAUCAUACAGAAUGCUAAUCCGGAAACUGAUUCCGGUGACUACAAGUGUAUUGCCAGCAAUCCCAUUGGUAAAACGUCGCACGGUGCGCGUGUGAUUGUUGAGGUCGAUGAGGUGACCUUUACCAAGAAGCUAAAGAAGACCAUUACCAUUGAGGAGGUGCAAUCGCUGACUUUGGAAUGCGAAACCUCCCAUGUGGUCUCCACAAAAUGGUUCUUCAAUGGCAAAGAGCUGAGCGGCAUGGAUCAUCGCGUUGUCGUUGAGGACGGAAAGACGCACAAGUUGGUCAUAAGGAACACAAAUCUACGCGAUUCUGGUACUUAUGUCUGCAAAGUGAAAAAGCAGGAGACGCAAUCUACUGUUGAGGUGCUGCAGCGUAAGCCAGACUUCCUUAAAGUGCUUGAAGACUAUGAGGUAACUGAAAAGGACACAGCCAUUCUGGAUGUUGAGCUGACAACAGAAGCUGUGGAAGUCACUUGGUACAAGGAUGGCGAGAAAAUCACACCUGAAGACAAGAACUGUGAGUUUAUCAAGGAUGGCAAAUCUAGGCGUUUGGUUAUACGCGAUACUACCAUUCAUGACGAGGGCGAGUACACAUGCAAGCUGGAGGGGCAGGAGUGCAGCGCUGAGCUUACUGUCAUUGAACUGCCACCGGAGAUUGUGAAGCCGUUGAAGGACGUGUCUGUCACAAAGGGUGAAAAUGCCACAUUCGACAUUGAGCUGAGCAAGGGCGAUGCCCUGGUUAAGUGGUUCAAGAACGGCAAGGAAAUCAAGUUCAAUGAGCGCAUACAACUAAUAAUUGAUGGCAAAAAGCAAUCGAUUCGCAUUACCAAGGCGAAGCCCGAAGAUGUGGGCGAGUAUUCUAUACAGGUGGGAGAUCAAACCUCGAAGGCCAAGUUGACAGUGGAAGAGCCAUUGGUAGACUUCAUAGUCCGUUUACCAGAUGUCACGCUAGCCACGAAGACCACCGAUGCCGAGUUCACCGUUGAGCUUUCACAGCCCGAUGUAGAGGUUACCUGGUACAAGAAGGGCAAGCCCAUCAAGCCGAAUAAGAAGCAUGAGGUUUUCGUUGAGGGCACCGUGCGUCGUUUGGUCAUCCAUGAUGCCAGCGAUGAUGACGCGGGUGAGAUCAGCUGCGUUGCCGAAAACGUCACAAGCAGAAGUAACCUUUGCGUUGAGGAGCUUAAGCUGCCGCCUGUGAUUACCUCUGAAAAGGAUCAAACCAUCAAGGUGAAGGAAAACGAAGAUGCUACCUUUACUGUUAAGUACACAGGCGCGCCAACUCCCGAAGCAGAGUGGACAACGCGCAAGGUUGUCAUUCCCAAAUCAAAGCGUACCAUCCCAACCAUCGAUGAACAAUCCGCAACUUUGACCAUUAAAAAGGUUGUCGACGAUGACGAGGGCGAGUACACAGUUAAACUUGUCAAUCCCGUGGGCGAGGCAGAGGCCAGCCUACACUUGGUCAUUAUGCGCAAGCCCACGGCGCCUGGAACUCCUCAGCCAUUGGAGGUGAUGCACGAUUCAAUAACCUUGUAUUGGAAGGCACCCGAGGAUGAUGGCAAAUCAGAAAUUAUCGAAUACAUUCUGGAGUAUCAUGAUGUAAAGACAGAAAAAUGGACUGAGAUACGCAAGAUUAAGGAUACGACUUAUACCAUUAGCAAGUUGAAGAUAGAUACGGAAUACGUAUUCCGUUCGAUUGCAGUCAACGAAGUUGGUCCAUCACCUCCCUCACCCAUCUCGCCGCCCAUCCGCCUGAUGCCCAAGGUCGAAACUGAGGCUCCUAGCGUGCGCGAACCAUUGCAGGAUAUUGUCAGUGAACUGAACAAGGAGGUCACAAUGUCCUGUGUAUUUGGCGGCAUUCCAGAGCCAACUGUCACAUGGAAAAAGAAUGGCCAGGUCUUCGAGUCAAGUAGUGUACGCUACGAGAAUCGUGUUGCCAAAUAUACAAUUGAAAAUACAACAAUUGAGACUGAAGCCACAUACACUUGCGUGGCAACCAAUGAGAAGGGCUCCGUGGAGACAUCCUGUAAGCUGACACUGCAGCAAAAGCCAUGCAUCGAGAUUGAGGAUAAGUAUUUGUCGCAGAAACUGCGCACUGGCAGCACUCUCACCAUUCCGGCAACAGUUCGUGGCUAUCCACAGCCGUCUGUGACCUGGCACAAGGAGACCAUCGAACAAAAGUCAACCAGCCAGGUGACCAUUGAAACCACAGAGACCAGCUCCACCUACACCUAUAAGAAGGUAACACGCGAACAAUCUGGACGCUAUAAGGUGACGGCGACAAAUGAGUCGGGCUCCACCUAUGUGGAAUGCUCGAUUCAGGUGAUUGACAAGCCAAGCCGACCACAAUCAUUGGAGAUUAAAGACAUUAAAAAGGAUUCCAUUACCUUGGAAUGGACGCCACCCAUCGACGAUGGUGGCAUGGACAUUAACAAGUAUACGCUAGAGAAAUGCGAUAUUCAGAACAACGUCUGGAUGAAGGUUUCCGAUUUCAACAAGGACAUCAACUCGUAUGCCAUUCAAAAACUUUCCAUGAAUGCGCAAUACAUGUUCCGUGUGGUUGCUAUCAAUCCCAUUGGCGAAUCAGAGCCAACCGAGAGUGAGACUGUGACCAUAACCAAGAAGUUUGAGAAACCAAGUCCACCACGUGAUCCUACCUCCGUAUCCGGCAUGAACGACACUUCAUUCACACUAUCCUGGGAGCCAUCAGAGAGCGAUGGUGGCUCAAAGAUAAUUGAAUAUAUUGUGGAAAUUAGGGAAGAGACUGAAACCGUUUAUCGUUCUUUGGGCACUACGACGGGCACUGUAACAAACAUUCAAGUUGAGAAAGUUGUGAGAAACAAGGGCUAUCUGUUCAGAAUCUACGCUCGAAAUGAGGUUGGCACUAGCGACGCGUUCGAAACGACUGAAAAGAUUGUCGUUGGACGGAAGAUAACAAAUGAUUCUGAAAACAUGGCGCCGCCAUCGCCACCCCAAAAUCUGAGAGCGCCGGAUGUGACAAGUCGCAGCGUAACUCUCGAUUGGGAGGUGCCAGCCAGAAAUGGUGGUUCAGAAAUUACAGGCUAUUGCGUGGAGAAACGCUCAUCAACAUCAACAAGCUGGACCAAGGUUAUUACUUUGGAUGCACAUCAGAUGCAUUAUACCAUUGACAAUCUGAAAGACAAGUGCGAGUAUUGGUUCCGUGUGUCAGCGGAGAAUGAGGUUGGAUUAGGUGCACCAGCCGUCACUGAGAGCAUAUCGCUAAAGACACACGCAACCGUGCCGUCGCCACCAACUGGUCCACUGGAAGCGCGAGUUCUCGCUGCCAAUGCACACAUAUUCGAAUGGGGUAUACCCGAGUCAGAUGGUGGUGCGCCACUGCUCGGCUAUCACAUUGCCAUACGUGACAUGAAGAAGUCCAUGUGGAUUGAGGUUGGUCGUGUGCCAGCUGGUGUGCAGAAAUUCCAGAUAAGAGAUUUGCAAGAGAACCACGAGUACAUGAUACGUAUCUUUGCAAAGAACGAGAUUGGUCUGAGUGAACCACUUGAAUCGGAGGAGCCAUACAAAGUGAUGACAGCGGGUCACGCCAGUCUGCCCGAUGAGCCGCGCACAGAGAUGAGCACAUGCAACACAUCAUCCUGGCUGCGUGAUCAUAAUAUGGAUGCGGAUAUACACUCAUAUGCUCGCGGAAGACUGCUUCAACGCGAUGAGUACUUCUUCCGCUUGUGGGCAAAAAUGCCCAAGAAGAAGAAGAGCUCUAAAUAGGCAAAAAAAAUAACAAUAAACACAACAAAUAGCCAUGACAAAAAAAAAAAGUAAAAACAAUACGAAUGAAACUUAGGUUAGGUUAAGCAUAUUUCAAUUGUACUUUAAUGAUUUCUUGAUUUUCUAGCUUUUUUGUACUUGUAAUACUCAUGUAAAGAGUAUGUAAUGUUCGGCAAAUAUGCGUCCAACAACAGCGAUGUUCACGGAACUCAAAUCAGAAUAGGGCGAGCGAAGACAAACUUAAUGCUUUGAGUGCGUGGACGUGGCUGCAAGGUUGUGACAUCAUUGGUCCCAUUACAUUAUCUAUGAAAUAACUUUUUGCGGUUUUAAUUUGCAUAAAUUCUUAUGAUUUCCUUCGCUUUAUUUUUGUAAGCUGUGAUAAAUUUAUCAAAUUCGAAAAAGCGUCAAACGAUUAAAUGCCAAAUGACAUUUGCGCCACGAACACAACGCGCACCGGGCAACGGCAGCCAGCGGACAAACGAGCAACAAACCACCAACCAACCAGCAACAAUAACAAUAACAAGACCAACUGUUAAAACAUACAAUACAAGCGACUCAAUAUCCUCUAGGGAGACAAACAACAAAUGGUGCAAUUCGAUAUGAGUUACGAGUAUGUUGUGUGUGUGUUGAAUUCUGUUGUGUGGUAUUGUAUUGUGAGUCGCGCUGACUGCCCCACUUGCCUUUGCCGUGUGCUCGCUGUGCAGCAAAUUUAUGGUUCCCCGAAAGGGUUACAUAACUAUACUUAUACUUAUAUGGAACGCCCAUACAUGACUUGAAAGAAACAAAAAUAAAAUAAAAAUGAAUGAAUUUUUAAACGAA